AAAGAUCUGACUUUAUUUGUACAUGUCUCUGAGCUCCGGGAUCCAGCCACGUGGGGGUUUCAAAGGCUCAGAGCCCACUUGGAGCAGGAGAGGGAGGGGGGCUGGGGAGAGGGGGGUGCAAUUCAUCUUGAUGUGUAGGGGGAAAGAAACUUAAAGGGCUUGAACAACAAACAGGAAAUGCCUGGCUGGGCUGCCGCUGCUGCUGCUAAUGCAGAAGGGACCAGAAGCAAGAGCGGCAGCGGCAGCGGCAGCAGCAGCAACAGGACUGUGAAGUUAUAAGCCGAGCAAGAGAACCCCUGUUGCUAACAAGGUUGCCUCGUUUCUUUCUUAUUUUCCCCCUGCACGGGUUCCUUUUGCAAUUGCAACCAUGGGCUCCUGUCCCAACGGCAGCAUUCCAGGUGUCGCUGUCCCCUGCUUGGUACUGACAGGUGAGAACAUCUUUCUCUUCUUUCCGAAGGCUUCGCAUCUGCCCAACUCUCCUUCUGCUUUUGGAUUUCCCCAGAAUUUAGCAAUUCGUCAUUUCCACUUCUUUCAGUCUGUCUGCUCUUCAGCCAAUUCCACACACACCCCACCCCGAGUUUUAAGUCAACUUUACAACCAGCGAUUCAGUGAUUUUGGCUGACAGAAGCCUUAAAACUAAACAGAAAGGUGCAAAGAAAGAGGAAAGUGGGAAAUAAGAAAUCAUAGAACUAGGCAAGCAAGGAAAGGGUGACCGGGUUGAAAUGUACUGUUGUGCAAGCUUGGUUUUCACUUUUGCAAAUCAUUUUGGUCAGUGAAGCAAAUUGCGCCCCCUUAACUGCACAGGAGAUAAGGGAGCUGAUAUACUCUUACUUAGCAUAACGCUGCCAAGGAAACAUGUGGUGUUUCCAUUUCAGGAUUCCGUGUUCUCGAGGAUUUCUUAGAGCACCAUAGACUCAGGGGAGUUCAGCUUUUCCUGACACAAACCAUUUUCUGUUUUGGGGUGGUGGAAUGGGAGGAAAUGGAAAUGGAAGUGGGGGUGGGAGAGGAAAUGAACACAAUUGCAAUUGCUCGAUGCUUUGUGGGUCUCGGAGGGAUGGUUUUGCUGAAGUAUGUGGGCGAAGCAAAAAAAAAAAAUAGUGGGGAGGGGAACAUCACAUUGACAAAGGCUGAGAGUAGCCAGGAAAUCUUAUAGUAAUCACCCCAAGGGGAAAUGAAAAUAUUAUUUUCUGUUGCUUGUGUCUUUUGUAAUGUUUGGUUCUAGUUUGUAACUCACUUUCGACAGGCUGGUUUUAUUUAUUUUUAAUGAGACAACUCUGGGAUGAGUGGUUUAAAUUUUCAACUUUUUGUCUUUGCUUUGGGGGGUUGUUCUUUGGAAAUGUGCACUGCAGUUGCAGCAAUGCCUGAUUAUAGUGAUCCCAGCUUACCAAGCAAUGGCAGCACAAGUCAUAUUAUUAUAACAUCCAGAAAUUAUAGCAUGGUACUAUUCUCCUUCCUAUACACGGUGUUGGCGAUGUUUAAGGAUGUUUUUCAUACAGAUAAUGAACUGUUUUGUUACUCCGUUUCUGGAUUUCUUUUUCAACAAGCUCUGCAACACCUUCCAGCCACUAGUAGUUGAAUAAUUUACUGUUGAAUUUGCUCUGAGCUCUCUGAGCUGAACAUCUAAAUACAAAGGUAGGCCACUUGGUUGAAAGGAAGUAUUGGACCUGUACAGCAGCAUAUAGUCAGUGCAUAGAUUGUUGGUCAUUAGGUACCAUCCAAGCUCCUGGAAGAUAGCAGAGAGUAAACACAGGGUGGAAUAUUCCAUUAUUGCUUUAGGUGGUUGGUUAUUUUCCUCUUCAGUAUACAGUGGUACCUCAGAUUAAGUACUUAAUUCGUUCUGGAGGUCUGUUCUUAACCUGAAACUGUUCUUAACCUGAAGCAACACUUUAGCUAAUGGGGCCUCCUACUGCUGCCGCACCGCCGGAGCACGAUUUCUGUUCUCAUCCUGAAGCAAAGUUCUUAACCUGAGGUAAUAUUUCGGGGUUAGUGGAGUCUGUAACCUGAAGCGUAUGUAACCUGAAGUGUAUGUAACCCGAGGUACCACUGUAGUAUCCAUUUAUGUCAUUGUUGAAGACAGGAUGGAAGUUAGAAUUUCUAAGAAUUGUGAACGUCUAAGAAGUGUGGGCUGCCGCAUGUCACACCCUUCUCAUCACUUGAUUUGCCAGUUCUUGAUAACUUGCAAGCUGGAUGUCGAAACUGUUUACCAGAUAAUGUUUAACAUAAUGUGAAUACAGAAAUUUAGGCUGGUGUCGUGUCUUCAACUGAUGAACAAAAGUAUGAAUUGACCUUCAGGUUAGUUUUUUGCUUGUUUGUUUUCUCUUCCCCCCCAACUGAUGCUUUGCCUGGGUUCAGUUUUUACGUUCCUUACAUGCAGAACCAAAACUGAUGUAGCUUAAACAUACUGAGUAAGAGAUGGAUAUAGGGUAAAGGAAGUAUAGAGCAAGAUACCCUUGUUGAUUAUACUGAAAGACAAAAUCUGAUAAAAGCCAGCUCUUAUCGGACCAUCAGCUCAACAGCAACAUCAUAGCCAUUGCUAACAUCUAACUGAACAAGAGUUGAAGCUAAGAUUACAGAUCUAAGAAUGCUUCAUAGAAAGCCGGUCAAAUAUGUCUAAGGAUUGAGCUAUAGGCCUGAUAGUGUCACUGCCUUCCAAUUUUCCUUCCCCUUUUUGAAAACCAAACAGAAUAUAAAAGUUAAGGAUUUGCAGGAUAAUUCUGCACACUUGCCAUGGUAGUUUCUGAACUGAUGCUAAGCAAAAUAUAAACAUGAACUUUAAAGAUUUUCAAAUGUGACUGAACAGGAAAGGGUACACAGCAGACAUAAAUGAAACUUUUUUCUUAAGGCCAAAUUCUGAUCCCAAAUACAGAAGCCCCAUUGUGUCUUUUAUUAGGCCAAAAUUAUAGUCCAGUAGAAAUCAGCCAUUUGGCAUUUUUGAGGAUUUUAUUUAAAGUUCUCCAAAUCUUUCUUUUUAACGUAGGCUCAUCGACUUGGUAUCUUUCUCAGAAUAUUUAUUUCCCUUUUCCCUGUGCAUGUGAAGAACUGAGCUACAGGUGAUGAAAAUCUGUGUUUUUCUGUACUGAAAUAGCAUAUUGUUGCAGAGGUUGCAUGCCAGCCCCAGACGUUACUGAGCAGUAGCGAGAUUCCAGGGGGUUCCAGACAUUUACCCAGGGCCAUGUUUCCAUUGGGAAUUCAGGCCUGUCAGAAAUGGUAGUGUUUUAAGAUGUAUGAUUUAUUUUACACCUAUAUACACCUGGGUCUAGGUGGAGGAAGAGAAUUCACAGCAUUAUAUCUCAAGAGGGGCUUGUUCCCCAUAGCAGCAUAGCAUUGGGGUCCAAGGCAUUUUGCACACCAUUACUGUGCCUCCAACCCAGCCUGGUAAGAUGGUUCUGCCCCACAUGCCCUCUGCCUCCAGUUCUAGCACCAUCUUUCUCCCUCCCAAGAACCUUUGCUAAGUGGCCCCUCCCCUUCUCCAAACCUGUUUCAAAAGGGACACAUUUUUCCUGUUUGGCACCACACACACCCGGUAAUGGCAAGCCCCAUUUUGCACAGACUCAGACUCAGGGUUAUUUCUUCAAUGUGUUGAUGACUCCCCAUUGUUUCAUCACCAUCAUCAUUUAUUACUUGUACCCCACCCAUCAGAAUGGGUUGUCCUAACCACUUCCAACAGAAUACAAAAAACACACGAUACAUCAGACAUUAAAAGCUUCCCGAUACAGGGCUGCCUUCAGAUGUCUACGGAAGGUUGCAUAAAUGAUUAUCUCUUUUGACAUCUGAUGGGAGGGCAUUCCACAGGGCGGGCGCCACAACCGAGAAGGCCCUCUGCCUGGUUUCUUGUAACUUCGCUUCUCGCAAUGAGAGAGCUGCCAGAAGGCCUUCAUAACUGGAUCUCUGAGCUGAACAAUGGGGGUGGAGAUGCUCCUUCAGGUAUACAGGGCAGAAGCCUUUAAAGGUCAGCACCAACACUUUGAAUUGUGCUCAGAAACAUACUGGGAGCCAAUGUAGGUCCUUUAGAACUGUUAUUAUAUGGUCCCAGCAGCCUCUGCCAGUCACCUGUCUGGCAGCUUGCAUUCAUCUAGUCUGGCCAGGCUAGUUUGUAGGAGAAUUGCUGAAGCCUGUAUAUUCCCUUCAAUAUCCCAAGUUUUAGCUAAAUUCUGACAUUCAUUAAUUUAUAACAUUCACUGACUUCCUAGAAUUAUGAGCGCCUUUGCACCCCCAGACUUGUUUUAAGAAGUGUAGGUGGCUGAACUGCAGAAAAUGUUACAAAUUUCUACCGUAAGACCAUCUGUUUCUCAACAAUCUCCUUUCCUAUCUUAUUUGCUACUUAUCAAGUAUUUUCUAUUCCUAUACUGUAUAACAAAAGAAUAGUCUAAUAAUUUGUUGCUAUUUCUCCCUCCAGCAAUUGUUUCCAAGUUUGGGUUUCAAUUGAGAUAAUAUCAUGAUGUAUCUCCAUAAUAAUGGCAAUAGUAUUUCAUAUUAAGCCUCAGUACUAUUAUUGUUUUGAAAACACGAUCCUCUACUUCUGCCUUUAAAAGCUGUGGUUUGUUUUUUUUAAAAAAAGUAAGCUAAAUGACAAAAAUGGCUUUUGAAAUGGCUGAUGUUACAGCUGUAAAAUAAUGCCAUCAAUUUAAAUAUUUGUCAGACUAGGAGUUAUAAUAAAAAGUGGUGAACAAUGGGGCUGCCAUAUGCUGCAAUGGAAUAGCUUCACUGUUUAUUACCUGUUUUUAAAAAGAAAAGAUGUUAAGGCACAUCAUUUUCUAUUCAAAUGUUCUUAGAACUGAAAAAACAAUGACUUGCAAUGAAACCAAUUACUAAUAUAUUUUGAGACUGUUGUUUUCAGCUGAGUCCUCUUUUGCAUAGCUGGUUUUCCUAAUAAAUAAACCAAAGUUAUUGCAAAAGUAUUUCCUAAUCAUUUUCUGAACAUUGCACAAGGGUCAACUGAACAUCUUCAACUGAAGACUGCAUAACCCACUUCUUAUAAAAAAAACCAACCACAAUUUUCUGGGUUACAAAGUAGAUCAGAAACCUAAUCUAUUACCUUGAACAGGAGGGCUAGUCCUGCAAAAAAUUUUACUUAUUUAGUUAGUUUUUAUCACAGAUUGUUGAUUGCACCAUUCUAAGAGUUAAAAUGAAGUCACUUGCAGACUACCUGUUUACUGGGCACUGAUCCUGAUUUGUUUGCACAAAGUUUGUGGGGAGGUUAUAUGAUGUCGCCUCAACUACCUGUCUUCCCACACUUUCCCAUGCAUUCAUUGCUGCAAAUGUCUGUUUUUAAUUUUUUAAAACAGGGUCCGUUGUGCAAGAGCCCAAAUCUAUUUUAAAUGCACAACCUGAAUUUGCGGUUAUGCGUGGAAUCCCACUAGCAAAAAGCAAGUCAGGAAGCACACUGAGAUUCACAUAGAGCUACAGUUUUUGCUUUCAGAGUAAUUUAUAUAGGUAAUUUAUAGCACAGGAUGCUUAAGAUUGGCUGUUUCUAUUGCCUUUAUAUGGCAAGCAAGGCACUAUGCAGAAACAGUGGCUCUGCCUCAGUGGUUCAGCAGGUUUCCUACUAAUGUCAUCUCUUCCCACAAGCAGGAUCUGAGCACACUGGAAAGAUGGUGCAAAGCAUAGGGUUGCUGUGCAUAUAACAUACACUUAAAGCACAUGGCUUCUGCCCCCUACCAAAUUGUAGUUUGUUAAGGGUGCUGCGAAUUGUAGCUCUGUGGUGGGUAAACUACAAUUCCCACAGUUCUGUGGGGGAAGCAAUGUGCUUUAAAUGCAUGGUGUGUAUGCAGCCAGUUUUUCCAGACCAGCGGUUAACAGAUCAUUUAAAUAUGGCAAACGGGAUACUGGAAACCAGUUUUGAGUUUUUUAUGGAUUUUCCAUAGAAAGGAUGAGGGGGAAUAUGGUCUAACAGUCUGAUGCUAUCAAAGUAACGUGGACGCUGUGAAAAACGUGCAUGCAUGAGCAGCAGCAAUCCCUUAUUAAAUACCAGUCUUUAAGCAUCCAGCGGCACUUAAGCCAGAGUAUUACCAGCUCCAUUUAAAUGUUUUGCUGUUCGGGGACUGUUAAAGCAAGAGAUCAGGAGCUGGGAAUGUACAAUAGUUCCAAAACAUAACUGUCAACGUUUCCCUUUUUUAAAAGAAAAUUCCCUUAUUCCGAAUAGGAUUCCUCGCAAGAAAAUGGAAAAGUUGACAGCUAUGGUUUAAGAACCAGCUAUGCCAGGAGAAGUGCCGAACAGCUGAAAAACACCUUAUUUUAAUUAUAUUUUUGGGAAGAGGGGGGGCACAGCCUGCUUCUCCUGUGCAUAUUUGCGCGCAAGCAAUUCUAACUGAAUAGGGCUUACUCCCAGGAAUGUAUGCACUGCAGAAACAAAGUCUUUCUGGAAAUUAUGAGGCAAGAAUAAACUCCACUGCACGUAACGGGAUCUACUCGCCUUGUGGGCGAGCAAAAACUCGCAGUGUCACGCAGCUCGAGCGCAUUUCCUAGAAGAGGCUAUUCCCUCUUAAACUAUUUAAAGCAGCAACUUGCGCGGCGGAGGGCAAACGACGCGCAUGCGCUGUAUAGCACAAAGUCAGCGAGCCGCUCCCAACUCUGCUGCGACCGCGAUUCCCGGGCAGAGCCGGCCGGCCGCUCCGCGCAUGCGCCGCGGGGCGCGGCUGGCGGAACGUCCGGCCGCCUUGCCAGCCGGCGGCUUCCCUCUGCCGGAUGACGCGACGCGAGGAGCACGGCGCAGGCACUCCUAAGGCGGCGGGAGCGCAGUGACGCCAACGCGCGUGCUCGGAGGGAGGGGAGGAGGAAAAGCCGCCGACUCUUGGCCUAUCAGGACCCGGCGGGUGCGCAGGCGCAGGGGAGAAGCGGCCGGAGCGCGGCUGUUGGGCCGCCGAUGCUGAAGGGAUGGGUCACUGAGGGAAAUUUUCUCUCACACGCCGCAUCGGGAGGCCUCGCCCUCGGCAACCCAGUCAUGAAUAGCUGACCCCCCUCAUCCUUUUCACUCACUGAGAGGAACCAGGCCUCUGAGGCGGCGGCCUGGCGUGUUCCCCUCUUCCCGGGGCUUGAGCGGCGGGUGCGGCAGGGCCGCCCGCCUGUCCCUGAGGCGCCGGCAGGAUGAAGCUGGUGCGGAAGGACAUCGAGAAGGACAACGCCGGGCAGGUGACGCUCAUCCCCGAGGAGGCCGAGGACAUGUGGCACGCCUACAACCUGCUUCAGGUCGGGGACAGCCUGCGGGCCUCCACCAUCCGCAAGGUGCAGACGGAGUCGGCCACGGGCAGCGUGGGCAGCAACCGGGUGCGCACCACCCUGACGCUGUGCGUGGAGACCAUCGACUUCGACUCGCAGGCGUGCCAGCUGCGCGUCAAAGGCACCAACAUCCAGGAGAACGAGUACGUCAAGAUGGGCGCCUACCACACCAUCGAGCUGGAGCCCAACCGCCAGUUCACGCUGGCCAAGAAGCAGUGGGACAGCGUGGUCCUCGACAGGAUCGAGCAGGCCUGCGACCCGGCCUGGAGCGCCGACGUGGCGGCCGUGGUGAUGCAGGAAGGGCUGGCGCACGUCUGCCUGGUGACGCCCAGCAUGACCCUGACUCGGGCCAAGGUGGAGGUGAACAUCCCUCGGAAGCGGAAGGGCAGCUGCGCGCAGCACGACCGGGCGCUGGAGAGGUUCUACGAGCAGGUGGCGCAGGCCAUCCAGCGCCACAUCAACUUCGACGUGGUCAAGUGCGUGCUGGUGGCCAGCCCGGGCUUCGUGAGGGAGCAGUUCUGCGAUUACAUGUUCCAGCAGGCUGUGAAGACGGACAACAAGCUGUUGCUGGAGAACCGCUCCAAGUUUUUGCAGGUAAAGCUCAAGGCAGCGUGCUCCGUUUAAGUUCAAGGGAGGGGUGAUCGUUAUUUGAUAGUGGAAUGGAUUAUAUAUAUAUAUAUGUUGGCAGGUGUGCAAACGUGGUUUGCCAGAGCAUGCAAAAUAUCAGCACGUGUCUACAUAGAACUAGGUGACUACAUCUAAGACAUCCACACACACACAAAAUGUUCACAGUACAUUAACGGCUGUACUAUAAUGUUCACUUGUAUUAAGUAAUGGUAAUAAUAUUAAUAAUAAUAAUUUUUAUUUAUACCCCGCCCAUCUGGCUGAGUUUCCCCAGCCACUCUGGGCGGCUCCCAAUCAAGUGUUAAAAACAGUACAGCAUUAAAUAUUAAAAACUUCCCCAAACAGGGCUGCCUUCAGAUGUCUUUUAUAGAUAGGAUCCAAAUCCUUUCACAAAUGCUUAUUCAGCCAACUUGGGCAUCCCAAAUUCAAUGCUGUGGGUUGGAUGUAGAUGCAGGCCUUAUCUGUGAGUAAGUACCAUUGAUUUAAUGGGGCUCUCUUCUGAACAGACAUGCAUUGGAUUGGGCAAUUAGAUUUAAAGUAGACCUGUCAAGAUAAAUGGGAUAAGGUCCUUUGAAACGGGACGCAGGUGGCGCUGUGGGUAAAACCUCAGCGCCUGGGACUUGCCAAUUGCAUGGUCGGCGGUUCGAAUCCCUGCGGCGGGGUGCGCUCCCGUCGUUAGGUCCCAGCGCCUGCCAACCUAGCAGUUCGAAAGCACCCCCGGGUGCAAGUAGAUAAAUAGAGACCGCUUACCAGCAGGAAGGUAAAUGGCGUUCCGUGUGCUGCGCUGGCUCGCCAGAUGCAGCUUGUCACGCUGGCCACGUGACCUGGAAGUGUCUGCGGACAGCGCUGGCUCCCGGCCUCUAGAGUGAGAUGAGCGCACAACCCUAGAGUCUGUCAAGACUGGCCCAUACGGGCAGGGGUACCUUUACCUUUAAGGUCCUUUGAAGGCUUGCUUCCCAUCCAGUUGGGAUAAGUAUCUGUAAGACUGAUGCUUUGAAUCCCAUCCUCUAAAGGCUUCAGCCCUAAGCAUGGUUACUUUUAGGUAAGUUGACUGGCUGUUGUGGAACUUAUUUAUGAAAAAAGCAUGUUUAAUCGGCUGAUAUACAUCAGUUGCAGAUGCCAGUCUAAUACAAUCUCACCUUGUUACUUUGGUUGCAGUCCUGUGUCCCUUUACCUGGGGAUAAGCACCAUUGACCUUACUGAGACUUACUUUCUCAGUUGACAUGUGUAAGAUUGCACUGAUAAUCACUUCUCCAGACCUUUCCCUUUUUUGAUGCCAGUUCCCUUGGAACUUGUAUUUAGUGUACAUUGAUUGAAAGAACCAGAAAAUCAGUUUGUGCCUAAAGCCCUGUCAUGAAUGAUGGAAGGAGACCCCUCUUCAAUAUUUAUUUGAUACAUAAAUCUGUAAUAUUUAUGCAUGCUAAUAUAAGUUGCAUUGCAUUAUUAGAUUGCUCAGAUUUAUUAAUUUCUGCUAUGCAGUAUUGUACUUUGUAAACUUAGUAUCUUUGAAACUAUAUGCACUGUCCUCUGGACAAUGUACUUGUAUGCAUACAUGACAGAGCUGAAACUUUUGGUAUAAGAAGUAAUAAGUUUAAAACAGCUUUAAAGCAUGGCUGAAUAAAUACUGCUCAACGAAAAGAACAAAAUCUGGUGGGUUGUGUGUAAAUCCAUCAGAAGUAUUAUUUAACUUUACUUCUAACUGCAUGUAGCUUAUGGAAAGAAGAGGUGCAAGCAUGCUGCAAAUGCCAAUGAAACCUUCCCAAAAUUUAAGAUUCUUUAACUAUAUAUGUGAAAGGAGAGUGGCAGUAUUAAAUACCAGUUUUUUAUUCUAUAUUUUAAAAAUGCCUGCAUGAACAUGAAACGUUUGAGCUUUUUCAGGCAAAUUCUCAUGCUAAUGAAACUCUGUCCUAUUGUGCUACUUGCACUUAAUAUUGAGGAUGUGAUUAAGAACUCUUCCUAGCGGGCCAUAAAGUUUGUGAAGUAGUGUAUGAUUCUACAUAUGUUUACACAAAAGUUAUCCUGAGUUAAAUUAGACUUAAAACUAGUAAGCAUGCUUAACAUGGCAGUCCUUCUGAUGGUUGUAAAAAGUGAAAUGCUCUGCAACAGUGUUGGAGAACCUGCCACCUUCCAGAUGUUGUUGAACUACUGUAGGCCCAGCCAGCAUUGCCAGUGGUCAGCUUGUGAUGGAAGGUGUAGUCCGGCAACAUCUGAAGGGCCAUGCAUUCUCAACCCUUACUCUGUGGUAUGUGCGUGACUGAAAUUUGUUCAAAAAACCUUAUUUGUAGGAGGAAGUCACCAGUAGCACUGUUGUUUUUAACGCAUCUAGCAAAACUAGUUACAAAUGGUAGGAUGUAAUAUCACAACUUUCCAGUAACCGAACAUAAAAACUUCCUUGAAUGAUGUAAAUAGUUAUCAUUAUCGUCAGUCAUCAUGUCUCACCACAACAGACAAUUCUGUAACUCUAGGGGCUUUUGCACUUGAGAAUCUUUACCUGACGUGAAAACAACUCAAAUUUAAGGAAUUCAGUUUUCAAGAGAAAUAAAAGUCAUUAUCGAAGUUGUUUCUUUUCUUUCUUUGUUCUAGGUACACUCUUCCUCUGGACAUAAAUAUGCAUUAAAAGAAGCUCUGUGUGACCCAGCUGUGACUAGUCGACUUGCUGAUACUAAAGCAGCUGGUGAAGUCAAAGCCUUAGAUGAUUUCUACAAGAUGCUACAACAUGAGCCUGACCGGGCUUUUUAUGGUCUCAAGCAUGUGGAAAAAGCCAAUGAAGCCAUGGCUAUUGAUACCUUAUUGAUCAGUGAUGAACUUUUUAGGCAUCAGGAUGUGGCUGCACGCAGUCGUUAUGUCCGGCUAGUUGAUAGUGUGCGUGACAACAUGGGCACUGUUCGCAUCUUCUCCAGUCUUCAUGUGUCUGGGGAACAGCUUGGACAACUAACAGGUGUGGCUGCCAUUCUGCGUUUUCCUGUUGCUGAGCUCUCUGAUCAGGAAGAAGAUUCCAGUUCUGAAGAAGAUUGAUGAUGGUGUACUCAUUCACCCUUCUCAUGUAAUGACUGCUUCAGCAGGGAAGGGGGUGUCUUUGUCCCAAAUAUUUUAUGCUUCUGUACCAUGCCUUACCGAAAAGAAAAAACAAUGGGAACACUAUUUUUUUAAGUGACUGGUAAGGUGAGCAUUUAGUGUGCUGCUCUAGAAUAUUGCAUAUUUAUACAUUUUCCUUGUGUGAGUGGUAAUGAUUAUGAUAGUUCUCUCUUAGCAAAACUGAACUGACAUAACUAAUUGGAAAACAUUGCUGGUGCUUUGUGGAACAUGUGGAAAACCAAUAAACUGAAACCAUGAAAGAAGAUAAUGUUUUGCUUAAGUAUUUUCUGUGUUUUGCACACAAACAAAAGUUUCUCUCCCCUCCCCCCUGUUAUCAUGGGAACUUGUUUAAAUGCUAGAAUGUUAUAACUGAUUAUAUUUGAAGUGUUUAUUAAGUUGAGAUGGUGUGACAUACUGUAAGUGUAAUUGUGUUUUAUUCAUAAUUUGUGUGUCUGAAAGAUUGUGGCUGAUUUUGCACAAUCCUUUCAACUUACCACUAAGAUGGGCACAAGCUACAGGCACUCACAUGUAGCUGUUUUAUUCCUUUCUUCACAUGAGUGGCAAAACAAAGGUUAAUGGCUUCCAGACAAGCCAGUAUACAAAACCACAAUUUAAAAUUGUUUGGAAGCCAUUAAUUAUAGAUUAAAGUACAGUGGUGCCCCGCAAGACGAAAAACUCGCUAGACGAAAGAGUGUUCCGUUUUUUGAGUCGUUCCGCAAGACGAAUUUCCCUAUGGGCUUGCUUCGCAAGACGAAACGUCUUGCGAGUUCUUGCGAGUUUGUUUCCUUUUUCUUAAAGCCGCUAAGCCGCUAAUAGCCUUGCUUCGCAAGACGAAAAAACCGCAAGACGAAGAGACUCGCGGAACGGAUUAAUUUCGUCUUGCGAGGCACCACUGUAACAGGAAGGCAUGGGUAACUGGAUUCCAGUCUUGUUUCCUAACUUACAUGAACAGAGAAGUGAAGUGGGAGCAAAGGGGCUGGAUAUGGGUGCAUGAUGCUUGAGUAUACAUUGCUUAUUAAGUCGUGCCAACACAACCAUUGAUUUACUCUGUUGUUGAAUUGAGAAUUUUAGUUGCAACAAAUAACCAUUUUUAAAAAUGAAAAGCAAAACUAAUAUUUGAUUUAUUAAAAAAAGGAUUUUAAGCAGAACUCCAUGGAUACUGUUAAGGCAAAAGGUGGGUCAUGUGUGGCCUACCCGUAUUUUAUUAAAUACUGUUAUUGCUGGGUUAAUCAUAACAAUGGCACAUUUCUCAUGGCCCCCUAGAUCAUAAAAGGCAGUUUUCAUAGAAUAGUAUAAUCACUAAAAAGCUAAAACAUGUGUUUUAAUAAAACGUUGGCAACAAACUUAUUUUGUGAGGAUUUUACUAGUCUUGCUCAUGUGUCCUAUUAGUUUAUUUUAUUAAGAAGUAAGCACAGAUUCAAUAAGUGAACAGCUAAACAAAAUCAGUGGAAGAAUGAGCUGGGAGGUGGUUGGGUUGGGGCAGGGGUCUGCAACCUUUAAGACAAAAAGAGCCACUUGGACCCGUUUCCGAAGAAAAAAAACCUGGGAGCCGCAAAACCAUUGUGACAUUUAAAACAAAUAUAUCUCCGGAGCCACGAUCUGACAGCGGGCGGGAAGGUGACGUCGGGACGGUGCGUGACUAACGCACGCACCGCCCCCAUGCGACGUCACAGCCAGUACAGCGCCCGCCACAGUGGGGAGUGUCGGGGCGCACAAUGCGCCUCCUCCCCUUGCUAGUAUCCGCCCCGGAGCCGCAGCAAAGGUGUAAAAGAGCCACAUGCGGCUCCGGAGCCGCGGGUUGCAGACCCCUGGGUGGGGGAACCAAGUCUUUGUUCCCAGUGUGCAGUCUACUGAUCUAAGGCCUCAGUUCUAGGCACCUUUCUCUAAAGAUAAGUUCCAUUGAACUCUGUGGGCUUACUUGUAAGUCAACAUAUAUAAGAUUGGGUUGUUAUUCAGGAAUAUUUUCUCUUCCUUGUGGGAUUGGAUUCUGCAAUCCCAAAACUUAUCAUGUGUGUUUCUAAUCUUCUGGAUUUGGGAUUAUAGUCUCUUUACUUGAACUCUAAACCUAAGACCACCAGAGGAAUACUGAUAGCCAUUUCCCUCUCUAAACUUGGUUCAUUAAAAUAUUCCUACAGUAUUCAGUACUUUCAAGGACCAAUUAGUGUUUUUUAUGAGAGAUGAAAACUUUUACAACACACAGGUAGCCUCUUUGGACUAGAACAAUGUUUGCCUUGUGCUAGGUAAGUUUUCACCAACCUGGCACUUUCCAGAUGUUUGGGAUUACAACUUCCAUUAGCCCCAGCCAGCCUCAGUUUGGUAAAGCCUGGGCUAGACUAUAAAGAAGGAUGUUGCUGUGUCAGGUCCAUGAUAUAUGUAUUUUGUUGAUGUUUAGUCGCGUCCAAAUCUUUGUGACCCCAUGGACCAGAGCACGCCAGGCACUCCUGUCUUCCACUGCCUCCAACAGUUUGGUCAAACUCAUGCUGGUAGCUUCGAGAACACUAUCCAACCAUCUCUUCCUCUGUCGUCCCCUUCUCCUUGUACCCUCCAUAUUUCCCAACAUCAGGGUCUUUUCCAGGGAGUCUUCUCUUCUCAUGAGGAGGCCAAAGUAUUGGAGCCUCAGCUUCAGGAUCUGUCCUUCCAGUGAGCACUCAGGGCUGAUUUCCUUAAGAAUGGAUAGGUUUGAUCUUCUUGCAGUCCAUGGGACUCUCAAGAGUCUCCUCCAACACCAUAAUUCAAAAGCAUCAAUUCUUUGGCCAUCAGUCUUUAUGGUCCAGCUCUCACUUCCAUACAUAGUGAUGUAUGGGAAAACCAUAGCUUUAACUAUACGGACCUUUGUGAUAUUUGUAUUUAGCUAUAUUACAGUGGUGCCUCGCAAGACGAAAUUAAUUCGUUCCGCGAGUUUUGUCGUCUUGCGAUUUUUUCAUCUUGCGAAGCACAGUGUCGGGAAAGUUUUGGAAAAGCUUCAAAAAUCACCAAAGUCUUUAAAAACCUCAAAAAAGGCUACCACACCGCGUUCUAUGAGUUGCUCCUCAAAGUCAAGUCGCAACUGUAUUAACGGUGUUAAGAAAAAGGAAACAAACUUGCAAGACGUUUCCGUCUUGCGAAGCAAGCCCAUAGGGAAAAUCGUCUUGCGAAGCAGCUCAAAAAACAAAAAACCCUUUCGUCUAGCGAGUUUUUCGUCUUGCGAGGCAUUCGUCUUGCGGGGCACCACUGUAUUUACAUUACUUAGCAAUUACUGAGGUCUUAAGUUAGUCAUGACUACUGAUUUCAGUGGGCCUACUCUGAAUUCGACAUACUGUAGUUGAUUCCUGAAACUCGUGAAUGUUAUUGCAGUUAAUGAUCAAUUAAUAAGCAUAUUAGUAUUUUAAAUGAAAUAUCUGAAUGAAAGACCACAUGUAGGCUAUGCUAGUUGCAUUAACAUGACAAGAUGGUUGAGAUAUGGCUAGAAAGAAUAAAAACAGUAUGUAAUAUCUCUCCCUAACAUUUUGUACCAAACAGGUAUUUGUUAAAUAUUCCCAAAUCUUUUUUAUUUGGAUUUUUGGGGAAAUAGCAUUGGGUUAAGAAAAAGUCUAACUUAACAAGGCUGCUUUUUGUGGCCCUUUUAAUAAUUAAUUUAAUAACCUGUCAUUGAGGAACUCCUUAAUGAAUCUACACUCUGGUACAUUUAUUCUUUGAUGUAUUCCGUAUUUAUUAAAACGUAUUUGCUGCAAGUAGUUGGUUCUGUGGAAGGUGAUGUAGGCCACAAUCCAAUGCACACAGGUCUCCAUGGAAGGAACCUUUGCAUGGCUUAAAUUUAUGAUUGAUUUUUAUUUAUUUAUUUAUUUAUUUUGCAAAAGCACUGUUAGAUAACUGCCCUUAACCUCCACUUUACCUCUUUGAUAGUUAUCCAUUUAUUGUUGAGGCGUAUACUUGUAUCAGUUUCUCAAAACAGUUUUUCAGAUAGUUCCUUCCCUUAUUUAUUGCACUUGACCACCUUGCUUUUAAGGAGCUCAAGACAAUGUCUCAUAAUUUUUCUCUGCUCCUCCCAACCUUUAUAUACCUUUAACAGCUCUGUCAUACAGCGUCCAUCACCUUCAUUCCUUCCAUCAUCCUAGACUAUUGACCAUCCUGGUUGGACCUGAUAGGAGUUUUGGUCCAAAACAUUUGGAGGGCCACAGGUUGGGGAAGGCUGGUAUAGGUCAAGAGACUGGUGAAUAUUCAGCUAACUUCAUUGCAGAAAAGCUUUAUUCACUGGCGUAUACUGUUAUUUGCAGUUCUCACUGCUUACCAAUGCUAUGUUAAACUGAUAAAUGUACUAAAUCAAGACUUUGUAUCUUUUCCCAAGCUGAGAAAACUGGGAGACUUUUUUGUGGGGGCCAAUAGAGCUCAAGAAAAUGAAACUCAAUUAACUGUAUACCAAGGCCAGUAUGACCUAGUCAUCUGCAAGAUCCUUAGCUCUGUUUUGCUCUCGUAGACAGUUGUCUACUUUUUUACAAACAGCAUUCUAAUUCUUUUGUAUAGUUUACUGGAAAUUCUCCAGAAUCUUAGUUUAUUAUUCUGCAAAGGUUAAAGAUUAAGGCAGAGAAGCUCAAACAAAAGUUCUUUUAUGGUCUGUAGGGGGGGGAAUUGGCAGAUUUGAAUUCUGAGCUGGAAAACUGAAAGAUUUGUAUAAGGUUUUAUCUGAAAUACUGGUGUUUAGUCACAAAUGAAAUUAAUUGCCAUAUGAAUUUCAGUUGCAGCAUUUUGAGAGAGUGGGUGUGGCGUUUGCCCUCCUAGGUGUGUGACAUCAUACUGGGUUCAUAAGGAAAGGGUUAACUUAUUGUAAAAUGACUAACCAAUGGGAACCCCAGGGGGCAGAGUUAACAGCGUAUAAGGUUUAAGCACAGAGGGUUUUUGGAGGAGUUAGAGUUAGGGUGGUAGAGAAGACAGUCUGGAGUUAGAAGAGACAGAAGAUAAGUCUGUGGGUUGAGCUAGUCUGGUGUGAACAAGUGAGAGAAUUUGUUAAGAGGAGUCAGACAGUUGAGAUAAUCAGUUGGAAGGUAUUGGGAAGGUAUAGGCCGGUAAAGAAACUAAAGUUAAGAUACUGACAGGAAUAUUAUCUGAGAAACCGUAAAUUUGUUAAUGUUUGUAAAAUAAACUUGGCUUUUUGGUUCGCUUUUAACAACUGACUGGACUCAGUGUUUUACUCGAGAGUAACUGGUUGGUGGCAGCAGGGAAGCGAGCACAGUGGUGGCACAGGGAUCAAUAGACCGUUAAACGUCCAGGGACCCUGUGUGAUCGCCACAGUGGGGGUUACAAGAGCUCUGAAAAAUGCACAUAUUCUGUAUGUGAUGUACAUUUUUCUGGAGGAAAGCUGGGGUUAGAGUAAUAUUUGACAACCCAGAAAUGCUUACUGUUGCAUUAUUAUUGCAUGUUGAGCAUCCCCCGCCCCCCGGGAACUGCAGUGUGCUGUGAAGUUGAUUGUAUCAGUGGUGCAGUUAAGGACUGGAGGAAGUCAACGAAAGAAUUAAUGGUUUCAGUGUUUAGGAGAUGUCUGGAUGCCAGGUGUAACAGUGGAGGAGUAGAUUUAGUGUACAAGAGAAGGCCAGAGUUCAGUUGUACAAUAUCUGCUCCACAUGCAUAAAGUCCCAGGUUCAAUCCCUAGGAUUUCCAGGUAGGGCUAGGAAUGUCCUGUUUGCAUUGAGCUAGUGCAAACAAACACUGUUAGAUGGACCAAUUCAUUUCUGUUGCUAAAAAAUAAAAAUCCUGCAGAUGUCCCUGGGUGGACACACUGUUGCUCAGCUGACAAUUGCAGACAGCCCUAUCUUUUAUCCCUGGGAACAAUAGUUUUUCAGUAUGAAGCAGGAAAUUGCCUAGCGAGGCAUGGAGAUAGAUUCCUCCCCCCUUUUUAUAUCAUUGUCUUUGCUUUGCCCUUCAGGUUCCUCAAAUCCAUUGCCUCCUCUCACCCUUUUGACAGUUCCCCAUGUGGUGUCUCAACAUCUGAUGCCAUUAAGUUCUUAUGCAGCUGUUUUGGGAGCUCUACCGCAAGGGGAUUUCUUCCAAUAUAUAUGUGUGUAUUUCUGAACACCUUAAGAAUACCCCAAAUUUGCCGAUGCUUCCCUCUUGUUUUGGCUGCAUAAGCAUUGGUGCAUGAGGAAAAUUAGUUGGCAAUAAUAUAUAAGUAACAACAAGAGACUUCACUUUUUCAGUGGCUUUUUCUCUCUAAUGACAAUAGUUUUCUUUGCAUUCAGGUUUUUACUUCUACAGCCUUCUAGCGGGCUGCCACCUGAAAGUAUUUUGUUAGAGAAUACGGUAAAUAACAUAGCAGUGUGAUUCAUUUUCCUUUUAUUUAUUGGUCAAAAGAGCAGAGCCAACAAAACGUCUGUUCCUCUCUCCUUUACUGACAAUAACUUUUAAAACUACUUUUUUGCUAUUUUCUGGGGAUCAUAAGAGCACUAAUGGAAACAACGAGACUUUUACAAGCAAUAAUUCUGUUCUUUUUAUCGACUUCAACUACUGCAAAAGGCACUGGAAAGCUUGAUCAUGGCCUCAUAAAAUGCAUUGUGAAUCCUAGCAUCACUUAAUUAUCAACAACUUUUUAUGAGAUGCACUCUUCUUCUCCAGAAAACAUAACCUACAAGAAACACCUUCAUUACAAGUUAAAAGUAAAGGGAGGAGCAAAAUAAACGUGAUCAUACUCCUUUUGCAUCUCUUCUUCAUUUUAUUUUGGCUUACAUAAGACGGGGCCCUUUGACUCUUAGCCUUUACUUGGAGAUCCUGUAGUCCUCUAGAAGUUUUGCACUACAACCCCAGAGAACCAGUGUGGUAUAGUGGUUAAGAGCGAUAGACUCGUAAUAUGGUGAACCGGGUUUGCGUCUCCACUCCUCCACAUGCAGCUGCUGGGUGACCUUGGGCCAGUCACACUUCUCUGAAGUGCUUCAGCCUGACUCACCUCACAGAGUGUUUGUUGUGGGGAAGGAAGGGGAAGGAGAAUGUUAGCUGUUUUGAGACUCCUUCUGGUAGUGAUAAAGCGGGAUAUCAAAUCCAAACUCUUCUUCUUUAAUCAGCAAGGCCAUCAUUUGAAGAUUGUAAGAGUUGCCGUGCAAAACAUCUGGAGGGCACCAGGUUGAGGAAGGUAGCCACUGAAGAACAGAGUCUGUUGUUAAGAUAAAACACCAUGUUAGGCAGUGUGGUCUUACUUUGUUCCACUUGGAUCAAUCCUUGGAAACCUAUGAUGCUGAGAUUCUCCCAUCAAGCCCCUCCCCGCCCCAGCCUCAUGCUGUUUUCCCACUGGGUAAAUGAAGCACUGGGCUUUGGGAAAGGGAUGUAAGGGCUCUGACAGUCCUAAAGUCCUUCAUCUUCCUUUCCAAAGCCUAGUUAGUGCUUUCCCAGCUUUGAGAGGGAGGUAGAAAAGUUAUAGGACUCAGACAUGAGCCUCACGCCUUCCCAAAACCCAGUGCCCUCACUUAGCCAGCUUUGGGAAGACAGCAUGAAGGUUGGUGCGGACACCAAAUUUUGGACUCGCUUCCCCCCUUCCGACACGACAAGGCAGUGUGCAGCCCACAGGUUCCAUGUUGAAAUACUCUUGCGGCCCACUUGGUAUGCAAUAUUGGACCACCCUGGUCUAGCCACUCGAUAAAACUGGCCAUAGGCUGUCAGAAAGGCAGAGUAAUCACAUUUGCACAUACACCAUGUGUCAUCUGGUUCCAUAUCCUGCUCUCAUAGUGGCCAGCUGUGACUACGAUGACUGUGGGAAGCCGCCAAGCAGGACAUGAGCACAACAGCCCCCUCUCUGCUUGUAAUUCCCAGGAACUGGUUUUCAGACAUUGACCCCAACAGUGGAGUCACGGUGAUUCAUAUUCUUUCCCCUACAUUUUCCUUUCCUUUUACACAGUGCUGCUGCAUCUUGUUCUGUCGUUCAAUGUUGAUGUGAAAGAUACAAUGACCUUCAGUGGCCCAGUGGAAGAUAUGUUUGGAUACACUGUUCAACAGUUUGAAAAUGAAGAAGGAAAAUGGUAAGUUUUGGUUUUUUGGGAUUCUUCCCCUGCCAGAAAAACAUACACACACAUACAUAAACAUAAACCUUUCUCACCUAUGUUUUACUCUGGGAACUUAGCUCUGCAUAUUAUUUGUUCUGUGCAACUGAUCACAUUUAUUUUAUUUUAUUUAACCUAUUUAUACACUGUUCUUCAUCUGAGCAAAACCAGAGCUGUUAACAGUAUGUAAACGUAAAACAACAGCCCCACACAUAUUAAAAUAUUUAAAGCCACAUUAAAAUUACUUCCAUUGUGACACAAUAUAUAUAUAGGAAGCUAAGGAGUUGCAGUCCAGAAAUAUCUUCAAGACCACGGACUCCCUGUUCCUGCUUUAUAGGGAACCACAGUAAAAUUACCUGCUAUAUUGAAAAGAUGACAGGCUCUUUUUUUGUUUUUUCAGGGUGCUUAUUGGUUCUCCUUUAGCUGGCCAACCUCAGAAGAAAACAGGUGAUGUUUAUAAAUGCCCUGUGGGACAGGGCCAUGGUUUGCCAUGUGUAAAACUAAACUUACCAGGUAAGAAUGUAAGUGGCUGGCAGAAAUUUGGAGUAGAUCCAACAUAGGAAUGUUUAAGACCUUGUCUGUAUUUUCUUUGUAAUUCUCUGCAUCAUCGCAGGGUUGCGUCACGUAUGGCAUUCUUCCUCGAUCUAUAUUUAUCCAUGGAAAAUAUUCUCAUGUGCAUCACUACAUGUAAAAUAUGAUGUGAAUGUUUCUUCUCUCAUGCAGGCCCAUGUUUGUUUUUAAGGCCAGUUUGCACCUUGUAAUUUUCCCAUAUGCAUGCAGAUUAUCUGACGUUGUGAAAAAGUACAAAGCAAGGCAGUAUUGGGACGAACCAGAGCAAUUUGUGGAAUGGGGUAGCUUGGGGAUAAAUGCAGCUGAGAUCACAGAGGAACAUCUCCAUGAUGCUGCAGUCUUAAAACUAAUGCGCCUCCUUACAGUCAAGCACCUGAAUGCAAUAGUGUGGAGAAAAAUAAGCAGGCCUUGAACUAGUCUCUAUGAGAUACACACAAUAUAAACAAGAUAUUUUGUGGUUCGUGCAUUUUGCUCUCCCUUUGUUAGAUCCCUCCUUUUGUUACUGUAAACAACAUGCUAAACCUUGGCUUAAUACUGCUGAAACAAGCCUGAGCAAAGCUUUGGGCUUGUGUGUUCCCCUUACAUCUCGCGGGCAGCUGGGAGAAGCACUUUGGCAAAGUUUAGUUUCAGUUUUUGCAGAAUCCUGAUGAAGUUCAGUGAAAACAGAACAGUGAAAGUUCUCGCUUAAUACUAACGGGCAGGGAGUUCCAGAGCAUAGGUGACACCAUACUAAAAGAUUGAUUCCCUGCAAGUGCAGAAAGAAUAUUAUAUGGAAGUUGUAAAAGUGCCACUUCAACAUAUCAGUUCAGUCCAGUGGGUACGUAUGAUGUAAGGCAAUCUUUUAAGUAAACUAGUCCUAAGCUGUUAAGGGAUUUAUAUACAAAUAGUAACACCUUGCUUUUGGCCUGGUAACAAAUCAGCAGUCAAUGCAGAUCUUUGCAUAGAAGUGUAAUAUGCUCUGUGUCCUGUUGACAGUCCUGCUGCACCAUUCUGUACUAACUGCUUUGGCUGCUCUCUGCCUUUCUUCCAGAGUGUGAAAAACGUUUAGCUAUCAGGCAGGCCUCUUAGUUUUCAAAUCAUGCAUUAAAUUGCUGCCUGUUUCUUUUCUGGAACAUUUGCAAAGCUGUUGACAGUCCUGACUUCACAGGACUUUUAUGACUGCACAGUUAUACAUAAAAGCAGGAACAAGUGUUUUGGGGUUAUUUUUUAAAAAAAACUUUUUGACACCUUUAUACAUACCUGGCUCUAGAGUGAAAUCUGAAUCAGCUCUUAGAGAGGCUCAAGAGGCAGAUUGUUUACUAUGCUUUCAGACUGCUCCUGCCAAAGUGGCUGGUAUAGGGUGCCAAUCAACUAAUUCUUACCAAGUCCUACUCUUAAUUUUAAUGAUCAUGACUACGGUAAGUUUGGUUCAUUUCAAUGGGUCUACUUGAGUAUAAUGUCAUUGAGUCCAAGCCAUAUGACAGCCAGAUGGUUGCAUAAUAUAUGUGGGCUCAGCACAGGCUGGUCAUCUUAGAAAUAUGAAUUUAUUCUAUCCAGAGCUGAAAUCAAAGUUCUGGCUCUCCAGCCCAGAUUCCAUUAGCCUGGAGGCUGUUUUCUCCCGGAGAUAAUGUCAUUAGCACACCACCCUCUUCCGUGGAUUGAGAACAAAGACUCAUACAAAAUGGAUGCUCACAGAUUAACAUAUGCAUAGGGCUGAAAUUCAGUCUUUUUCAUGUGAUUUAAGUUAAACACCUUGUGUCAGAGCAGCAGAGAUACAUUAACAGUCAAUAAUUAACCUGUUAGGCGCUCUGAGAGAUUUUGUUUAGCUCAAUAGAUGUUUCCAUAUUAUCCCUCUAGCAGUACACAUACAGAGUUACAGUGGCACCUCUGGUUACAAACUUAAUUCGUUCUGGAGGUCUGUUCUUAACCUGAAACGGUUCUUAACCUGAGGUAUCACUUUAGCUAAUGGGGCUUCCCACUGUCGCCACGCCGCUGCUACGCGAUUUCUGUUCUCAUCCUGAGGUAAAGUUCGAAGUACUACGUCCGGGUUAGCGGAGUCUGUAACCUGAAGUGUUUGUAACCCAAGGUGUUUGUAACCCGAGGUACCACUGUAUUUUCCAUUUCAACGUACAAUUAAACAAUUUUACUUAAGUGUGUCCCUUCAUGUGUCAACUUACUAACAGGGGGACUGGUGUGAAUUCUAAUACAUUUCCUGUCCAAUAACUAUUUCACCUUUCUACCCAUUGAACUGUCACAAAUGCUGCUGAUCUUUUAAUAUCCUAUCAAAUAAUUUAGUAGUUUUACAAGAGAGGAGUUGGAAAGGUUUGAUUUGUUCUCAUUUGUAAUUUAUGUGAAUGCUUGUCUCCUGCUGUCACUGCAUUGCUGUUUUGACAUCCUCUUUGAAUAUCAAGAAAACUAUGUGAAGCAGUGUCCCAGACAAAGUUUCUGGGAUGAGGGCCAGGCCUUUGACUUGUUCAUCAGAAUCUGAAUCAAGAGGGAGGAGGAAGGGAAACAGAAAAAGACUGUGUUUUAUAUAUAAAAGGUUGGGUGUUUUAGUUUAGAGAAACUGCUACAUGAUUUAAUGUCUUGCUUGCACGUUUCCACAUAUUUUACAUUUCUGAUCUAUUUAUAGAUGACAUCUCCAUUCCUCACGUUGCGGAAGUAAAGGAGAACAUGACCCUUGGAGCAACUUUAGUGACUAACCCAAAUGGAGGAUUUCUGGUGAAUGAAUAAAGUAUUUUAAGGAAACAAGUGACCAGCAGCCUCAUACCCAGCAUUGCUUGGCAAUUCUGAGCGGGGGGAAAUCAGGGCAGUUUUGAAAUUAGGGCAGUUUUGAAAUGUUCAGUCUGCCAUAUUGAUUCAAAAUGGUGUCCAACUGUAUAGACGUAUAGAUGAAAAUCUACUCCUUGAUCUCAUGAACCUACAGACAAAACCUUGUUACAGUAUCUUAAGAAGUACCCAAAUGCACCACAACCAGAAAACUGCUUUCCAAAAUAUUUAGCAGAUGUGUUUAUAUAAUGGCUUGGACCAGCAGAGUCCUUCUAUUAAUGGAGGGAGUCAUCCAGCUUAAAGAAAUGUCCCUUCUCUUUGCAGCAUGGGCUUGGAUCCAAUAGAGUUUCUGCAAAAAAGUAUUGGAAAGAGGCAAUUUUCACCAAUACUCUCUUCCCCCUGCCCCCUUUGUCACCUCUGGGUGGUCCCCCAGCCCAGGGUUAACUGUGUGAUACAAAUUUGUUUCCUUGUGCAUAUUAAUGUUGGCACUAAGCUAGCCUAGCAGGUCUAUUGACUUCAGUGGGUCAGUCUUGAGUAUGAGUGAGGCAGAUACAACUCAAAGCAUGGAACAUCUGUUUCUUACAAGUUGACUUUUUAUAUAAUGUUGCUGGUUGUGUUUCCCUUAUAAAAAUCUGGUAGAGAUAAGAGGGUUCCAAGUUUUGUGUAUAUAUAUUUAAAAUUAAUUUUAUUUUCACAAAUUGUUAUGGGGAACAGAUCUGGUUCAUGGGUCGUCUAUUAGCCGGUCCAGCUGUAGUUAAGGUCAUCUCUGCCUGACAAUUACGUUUAUUUUAUGUUUUCAUAUACCACUUUUCAUCACCAGAAGAACUCAAAGUGGUUCACAUAAGGAUAUAUAAAUCAUAACACUGAAGCAACGACAUGAUCCUUAAUGUGGCAUCACACUGGUGUUGCCAUGUGUUUUAUGCUGCCAUUUUGUGAUAUCCCCAGACCUUGAAUUAUUAUGAAGUAAGCUGACUUGUUUAAACUGUAACCUUUUUCUCCUUUACUUAAGGCAUGUGGGCCUCUUUAUGCUUACAAAUGUGGGCGCUUACAUUACACCACUGGUAUCUGCUCCAAUGUCAGCUCCACUUUUGAGGUUGUAAACUCCAUCGCCCCAUCUGUACAAGGUAUGUAUAUGAGAGCGCUGCUCUUCUACGUGCUGAAAUUAUUGAGCACCGAGGGAGACAAACGUAUACACAGAAGCAUACCAAAAAGCAGAAACUAUUUUUCAAGGCCACCAGCAUUACCAAGUUAAGUAAAUGUUAUCAUUGUCUGUAUAUUACCUAACUGCUUGCUGCUUCUGGCUGCUGCUUAGCAUAAACAGAGUUUGGGAUGCUAUGUCAUGAGCAAAGAUCAGGCUAAAAAUAAUCUUUAUGUAGUCACAGCGAACGGAGUGCCUCUUUAGAUUAAGAAGACAAAUGCCCUCAUAAACUUGUUUUGUUGACUAUUGUUUGAUAUCUGGAGUGCGAGAGGUCCUGCUCAAGUUUAGAUCCCAGAAUAAAACUCCCUCGAAAACAAGGGGCAGUGACUAACUCACUUGUUCCAUCAGUUCAAAGAUUUCUGCUUGCGAAAUGGAACUUCCACUGCCUCUCCUACCCCCAUGUGUCCCCUAAAUCUUUUCUGGGGUUUCCCCCAGUCCCCUAGGGAAGAUUUGGGGAGGGUGCAGGAGCAAAAGGAGACAGUAAGUUCUGUUGCAGAAGUAGCAAUCCUUGUGCUUACAGAACAAAUUGGUUCUGGUGCAAUUGUGUGCAUUUGGGUGAUUGGAAGGUCGGCGGUUCGAAUCCCUGCAAUGGAGUGAGCUCCCGUUGCUCUAUCCCAACUCCUGCCAACCUAGCAGUUUGAAGGCACACCAGUGCAAAUAGAUAAAUAGGUACCGCUGUGGCAGGAAGGUAAACGGCAUUUCUGUGUGCUCUGAUUUCUGUCAAGGUGUUACGUUGUGCCAGAAGCAGUUUAGUCAUGCUGGCCACAUGACCCAGAAAGCUAUCUGUGGACAAACGCCGGCUCCCUCGGCCUGAAAGUGAGAUGAGUGCCGCAACCCCAUAAUCGCUCUUGACUGGACUUAACCGUCCAAGGGUCUUUUACCUUUACCUUAUCUACCAUUAGUAGUAGUACCCACCUUUUCCCUUGACAGUAGUCCAUAGAAAGACAUGUGAUUCUAUCUAGAAAGCUGGACUAGAUGGCAAAUACAUAUUUUCAGCUGCUAGAACUUACCCAUCAUGAAACAUCAUGGCUAUAUUUCAAAGGAAGCUUUUAUUUUAUUUUUUGUUCCUAAGAUUUAUACCCCACACUUUUGCCACCAGGUAGCAGGGCAACUUAUAAGAGAAAAAGUCCAGAAUAUAUAUAAUAAUGAUACAAUAAUAAUUCACAACACAGCAACAAUUUAAAACAGCAGUGGAAUGCAGCACAUAAAACCCAACAGAGCAUAAUAAACAUGUUAGUUCUCAACAGCUUCAAAUAAUUCAAAGGCCUGGGAAAAUGUCUGCGCCAGACACUGAAAUGGCAUCUUCACAAGGGGCCAGGCAAGCUUCCCUUGGGAAGGCAUUCCACAAGCUGCAGUAUUUUUGCAUAAAAUGGCCUGGCGCCUCCACUGCACUCUCAUUCUAUCUAUUUCUGAUGUUAGGCUGUGAGCGCCAUUGGUUAUGUUGCCAAAAGGGCACCCCAUGCACAAAAUAAGAUAUCAAGCAGGCUUGGGGGAACCCCAAACUUUGCAGAGAGACGUGAAACCUUUGAAAGAAAAUGCUAUGUGAGGAUUAGGAAUGCGGAAGAAAUUUGGAACCAAAACACAGCCAUCCUUCAAAAUUUGCAUUUGCCUGAAUUUUGAGGUGUGGUUCUCAAGCUAAGCAGCGUGUACAAAAAGGCAUAUAAUGGAACAAAAUGUCCAUGAAAACAAAUAUUUUAGUAAAAAAUAAAUAAAUACAAAAAUGCAUUAUUGUAGGGCAGGCAUCCCCAAACUCAGCCUUUCAGAUAUUUUGGAACUACAAUUCCCAUCAUCCCUGACCACUGGUCCUGUUAGCUAGGGAUGAUGGGAGUUGUAGUCCCAGAACAUCUGGAGGGCCGAGUUUGGGGGUGCCUGUUGUGGGGGAACUGCUUUUGAAAAAUGUGCUGGGCAAAACAGGAUGCAGACAUUUAUAUUUUAGGAGAAAUUCCCAGUAAAAUGCUGGUGAAUUUUCUUGGAAACAAGAGGAAAAAAAUCAGGAACUGAUGUGGAACACUGAACGUUAGAUUGGGGAAAAAUGAGAAAAUGAGAGAAACAAAAAUUGACAGUUCCAUCCAUUCCUAGCGAGGACCCAAAAGAAUCUCUUUAGGAGUGGGCAUACUCAGUGGCCAUGGAACUCUGACUGAAUGUUGGAGGUGGAGGAAUUUACAGGUGGCACUAGAUUGGAGUGGCUGGAAUCCUAAACAAUGGUACUUCAUCCUGCAACAGUACAUUUCAGAUCCCACUCAUAUAAACCCUACACUACUAGAGAGGUUUUUAGGUUUCUCCUGGACUUUUCCAGUGUGUGACUUGACUGGUCUGCAAGGCAAGAUGUUCAACACAUUGCCAACCUGUCCUACUGUUAUUUUGAUAGCAUUCCAUUAUUUAUAUUGAUUCCCAGAGGUAGAUCCCAUUGAAGAAAUGCACUGCCUUGCUUUCAGAAUUACUUUAUGAUCCGUUUCCCAGAGAGCAUGCUGUGGGAACAUAUGGUUUUGCUUCUCCUUUCUCUGAAUUCUUCUUCUUGCUCCCUGGCUGAGGACAAUUAUAAAUAAUGCCAGACUAACCAUAUUUCUUUGGUUUUGUCUGAGUCAUCACUGAGGAAGCCAGAACAGUUGUUUUCUUGACUUCGGGCCACUUUGAAUGUUGCAUACCUCGCACCCCCCUGACAUAUGUGACCCAUCCCAGACAUUUUUGCACAUGUCAAAGUACGUGAGAGCCAGGAAAUGCUGGAUGCUAUUAGUUGCUGCAAUUCCUGUGAUCUUGGAGGCAUCAUUUCUAUUGGAAAUCACAGAAAUUUCAGCCAGCCAGUAACAGCAACUUGGAUCACGUGCUUUAUUUAUGUGCAUAAUCACAUGCUCUGGGAUAGCCAGCAACUGAGGAACUUGUGGCAAGUGUAAAACAUCUGAACUAUCUAUUGAGGAUGAUCACUAGUGUAAAAUGCCCUUUCUGAAACAACUGGGAGCUAGAAUCCUUGCUGAUCUACUGCCAAAACAGUCAGAUACCAACAUCACCUUUGCAGUUUUGUGUUCGUCUUGGUUCCCACCCCCCAAAAAAUGUAUGUGUUUUUAUGCAAACAUUCCCUAGUAUACGCAUUUGUGAGCACAUUAUUUGGCUGCAAAAUAGCAUCACAAAAUUUGGGGAAGUGUGAAUUUCAAAGGGUAGCUGUGCUUCAGUUCAAAUAUUGAACUGGGUAGUUUCUCAUUUGGAAUGCCAAUGAAAUCCUGAGCUGUAAUGCAUUAGGGAUAAGGCCAGCUGUUCCCUCUGCCUGCAACACGGUUCUAGUAGCACAAGGAAAAAGGCACUAGUGUGCCACUGCCAAAGUGUCUGGGUUCACACUUCCACUGCCUUAGAUACAUCCCAACAGAAGUAUCUUCUUCUAUGUACGACUACUGUAAUAAAUUUACUGUUCCUUCUUAAACGCCACCCUGAGCUGUAUGUCCACUAUCUGGUUGGCAAGCAUGCAUGUGACAAUUAUUGCACACAGUGACAUGCAUCGGAAUAUAAUCUAUCAGGGAAAUUGGAUAUUAACUUUUCUACUCAACUUUGUCAUCCUAAUGCUCUUGCCCAGCAACCAAGCUUCCCAGGCUGCUCUAGGCACUGACUUUAAAGGUCAACAACUGAGGAUCUUCUUCUUCAUUAGCUCUGGGAUGGGAAACCUGUGACCUUCCAGAUGUUUUUGGAUGCCAACUCCCAUCAGCCCCAGUUAGCACAGCCAGUACCCAGGGGUGAUGGAAGUUGAAGCCUAAUAAGACCUGGAAGGCCACAGGUUUCCUCCCUAUACUCCUGCUUUCAGAGUUCCCAUCUAGAAUCUCAGCAAGUCUCAGUUGUAGAAAUUAGCUCCAGAGGAAGAAAUGUCAAUGGGAUGCAGAAGAAGAGGUAUAAGUAACACCAUCAAGACCGAACAAUUAAAUGUUGCAGCCUGUGAUAUCAGCAUAUUUACCUAAAAGUAAUUUCCCCUGAAAGUAAAGGGGAGGGGUCCUUGCAAGUAAAGUAUCGAGAGUGCCAGCUAAGAUUUAGUUUAGUUUUUUUAAAGGCAUUAUUAAUUUCCUCCUGAUGCAUUGGGGCACUUCUUUAAGAUCCAACAAUUCACAUUGCAGAAUGCAAGACCCAGCUGGACAUUGUUAUUGUUCUUGAUGGCUCCAACAGUAUUUACCCAUGGGAGAGUGUCACUGCUUUCUUGGACAGCCUGCUGAGAAAUAUGGACAUAGGCCCCAAAGAGACACAGGUAUGGUGAAAAACACGUUUUGUCUUCCAUUUUUGAUUAGGGAUGAAGGGAAAAGAGUAAGGCUGAAGUCCUGAAUCUACUUAGCUAGAAGUAAGUCUCAGUGAACUUGAUGUAGCUUACUUCUGAGUAUUUGUUAAAUUUCUAGCUAAAAAUGUGCAGCAUUACACUGUAAGCUAGAUAACCAAUGAUAUUUAUGUUCCAGGCAUAUAGGGUUGUAUCCAAUGAAGUCAUGUCAUUAGCGCAAGGACUUCUGCUUAAGCAACAGAACUUCCCCUCCCUCUCCUUCCAGCCCCCUCAAAUCUGUUUUGGGAGAGAAGAGGAGAGGGAGGGGAGUCCUUAUGAUAAUGCUAUUAAAAGUGUUGGUUAUGGCUGAAAAUAUCCUUCACCGACCUGAAGGACACUUUUCUCCAAUAUUUGGCAGCCUAUGUCCUACCUCAAUCUAAGGUACGUGGUGAGGACUUAGAAGAGGGCCUUUUCAGCGGCUACAUCCAGGGUCUGGAUCGCUUUUCCUAGAGAGGUUCAUCUAGCCCCUUUACUGAAUUUGUGUUGUUAUUUACAUGUUUAGCCACCUUUCUUUUAAAAAACAAAACCCAAAAAAAGGUCUCAACACAAAAUUUGAGUACAUGGAAACAAAGAUCUCAGUAAACACCAGAACAAAGGUUAUGUGUUGUGGUUCUCAAAUCUACUACUUUUUUGUUACUGGUUCACGCAAUCCUGAAUUCUAGUAUAACUGGUGGAGGAAGAAUCUUUGUAUCUAAUUUCUUUUCUGCAGUAAUAAUGUGAACUUGCUCCUUCUCAUCUCCUGCACCCCGGUCUUCAGCCUGCUUCCUUUUUCUUCUAGCUGUAACACAUUUGUAAAGGCAUGUCACACCUGAAACAGAAACCUCAUAGUGAAGGGUGGAGGUUGGAAUGACUGCAACUUGCGCCAGGAGUUUCAGAUUUGUAAUAAAAUAACUAUGAAGUGUCAUACUAACAUUUUAUUUUCGUAACUGUGGUUUUCAUAUUUCCUUCAGGUGAAACUCUAUAAUUGCAGUAAUAACUGUGGUAUCAUUAUUUUAAUUUUUGCAACCGUAAAACAUUUGUGCUUCCGUUGACGUUAUUCGGUUCAAAUGGCACCAGUGAGUGCCAGUAAACAAAGAUGUUUUUACUAAAAAGAGAUGGGUUAUAAAACUGAUUUGGAAGCACAUCUGCAAAGCCUAAACUAAAAAUGCAAACUGGCCCGGCUAUAAAAGAAUACGAUUAGAUAAAACCUGUAGAGGCCUUAUUGAUAUUCAAUCUGUCAAUGUUACAGGGCUUUUAAUAAUAGAUGAGGAACAGAUAAAUAUGCCAAAUCAAGGUGCAUUUUCACCCCACAACUGAGCAGUGUGUACUCAAAAUAUCAAAGGCAAACAUAAACUUGAAAUAUGCUAAUGGAACAUUGCACAGAUCACCUCUAGUCAAGAACCUCCCAUAACAUCAAAGCAAGUGGAGAUGAAGAAAGAGGUUAUUUUUCGGGGUGGGGAGAGAGUUGUUUAUCUUUCUUUUCUGUUUCAUCUUUCUUUUACAAGCGAAGUUGGGGGAAUUAAGGGACUUCGCGUACAGUGUGUGUUUGAUGAGCACGCACACGUGCAACUGUACUGCCAAAAGCGCAAGGGGUCAGCUGCCACCAGCAGUGACUUCCUGCCAUGUGUUCAUGUGAUGGAUAUGUAAGGAUUUGUUACAAGUAUGAUCCAUGCAAAUGUCCUACCCAGAACAGGUUUUCCAUUAGGAAGCUUUUGCCAAGUGUGAAUCAGUUUCCCCAUUUUAGAUGGCUUCUCUGUCUUGAGCAGAAAGCAAGAGGAACCCACUAUAAGCGCAUAGAUGUGGGCUCUGCACAAACCCAUUUGGGGCCCGAUCUGGUGCUCUGGAGUGGCCUUGAUUUGAAGGCCUUGCACUUCUUUAGUUGGGACCCUCCAAGUGUCCCUAUUUUCCAGGGACAUCCCUGUGGCGUUUGCCUCCUAGGUGGGUCAUAAGGAAAUGGUUAAAAUGAGUGUGAUGUGAUUGGCCAGUGAGAAUGCAAGGGGGGGGAGUAAAAGUUAGAGUGGGAGGUUUUGAAAGUCAGUUGAGGUUUGGGAGUUGAGAGUUGAGGUUUGGAAAUUGGAGAAGGAAGAGGGAGGAAUAGGCAGUGGGUUGGUCAAGUUGUAUUGUGAGAUAGUGAGAGGAAUUGUUAGGGGGAGUCAGAUAGAUAGUUGGAAUAAUCAGUUUGGAGUUGUUAGGAACUAAGAUUAAGAAACUGACAAGAGAAAAAUAAACUGAAACCAUACUCUUGUUCCUCUUGUUUAAAAAUAAACUUGAUUGUUUGUUAAUGUUAACAACUGUCUGGACUCCAUGUGUCCCCAUGAGAAGCGGGGUGGUGGCAGCGAAGAAAGCAAUCACAGUGGUGGCACAGGGUCAAUAGACCGUCAAACGUCUGGGGGCCCUGUGUGAUCGCCACAAUCCCUGAUUUAGAGAAGCCAUCCCGGUUUCUGAUUUGAUCCCAGAAUGUCCCACUUUUCCUUAGGAUGUCCCUAUUUUCAUUGGAGAAAUGUUGGAGGCUAUGGAGUUAUCCGAACCCUGAGCCUCCUGAAGGCAAUCCUGUAUAGGGAAGGUUUUUUAUGUUUAAUGUUUUACAGUGGUGCCCCGCAAGACGAAUGCCUCGCAAGACGGAAAACCCGCUAGACGAAAGGGUUUUCCGUUUUUGAGUUGCUUCACAGGGCGAAUUUCCCUAUGGGCUUGCUUCGCAAGACGAAAAUGUCUUGCGAGUCUUGAGGGUUUUUUUUCGCUUUCCCCCCCCUUUAUCUAAGCCGCUAAGCCUUUAAUAGCCUUUUAGCAGCUAAUCCUCUAAGCCGAUAAGCCUUUAAUAGCCGCUAAACCGCUAAUAGCGCUAAUCCACUAAGCCGCUAAUAGGGUUGCUUCGCAAGACGAAAAAACCGCUAGACGAAGACACUCGCGGAACGGAUUAAUUUCGUCUUGCGAGGCACCACUGUAUUAUGUUUUUAUAUAAGUUGGCUGGGCAAGCAGCCCAGUAAGAUGUGUGGGGUAUAAAUAUUAAAAUUAUCAUUACAGAUUCAAGAUGUUUAAAGCUAAAUUAGAAAGAAUGAAAGAUGUUAAGUGAUCAAGUUAAUUUUUUGAGAAAAUCGAUUUUGGAAAACUGUUAAAAUGAUAUAUAAUAAAAUUCAACCAAGACGAUUUGAGGAAGUCACUUAAUAAUGUUAACAAAAUUUAAACAGGAUGUAUGUAUGUAUGUAUGUAUGUAUGUAUGUAUGUUUGUCUGUUUGUUUGUUUUGAAUUUUUGGGAAAUCUAUAAAAAAAUGGAAAAAAAUUAUCAUUACGGAAUGGGACGUCCCUAUUUUCGUCAGAGAAAUGUUGGAGGGUAUUGGCAUAAAGCAUGCAGUUUGGAGGGCAGGAGAAGGAGAUGCAUGCAGGCUGCCACUGUGUGUCUCCUUCUCUCCCCCCCCCCAUUUGUCAGAGCAGGUGCCAAGAGUGGUUCUAUUGUGUUUUUGUAUAUUCUGUUGGGAGCCACCCAGAAUGGCUGGGGCAACCCAGGCAGAAGGGCGAGGUACCAAAAAAACACCAAAAAACUACUUCUACUUCUUCUUCUUCUUCUUCUUCUUCUUCUUCCUCCUCCAUCAUUGCAAUGCUUACUUUAGCAGACAUUAUGUGUUAUAGGUUGGGAUUGUUCAAUAUGGAGAAAAUGUCACCCAUGAAUUUAACCUCAACACAUAUACAACUACGGAAGAAGUGCUUGUUGCAGCAAAGAAAAUUGGUCAGCGGGGAGGACGCCAGACCAUGACAGCUCUUGGAAUUGAUACAGCAAGGUAAGUACUGCAUACAGUGCAAUAUUUAUCAAGGUUAAGAUGCAAUACGAGCCCCCAUGAGCUACCAUGCUGGUUUUUCAUAUGCUCGCCAAUUGUCACCAAUUUACAAGUUGGUUUUGUGCAAGUUGAUAUUUGUAAUGCGGUCCUGUGAUACUGGAAUUAACUUGGUCUAUCUGCCUUGAAAGUAGGGUUGCGGGAUCUGGAGGAGUGUGGUGAAAGGAAGGGGGAGGGAAAAUUCUGAUCCACAAGUGGAAGUACUUGCACCAACUUUGUUGGAUAUAACUCCAAGUUUGUUUACUUAUUUAGAACAUUUGUUUACUGUUCUUCAUAAUACAAAGUGGGUAAGGAAGGGUGACUUACCCAGUGAGCUUCAUGUUUCAGCAAGGAUUUUAACCCAAAUCAAACACCCCAACCUAAUGAUGGGGAGACUGUGACCUUCCAGAGGUUUCUAGACUACAACUCCCAUGAUCCCUGACAAGUGGUCAUGCUGGCUGGGGCUGAUGGAAGUUGGGAGUCCAGCUACACUAAAGGGUGACAGGUUAGUCAUCCCGGUUGCAGAGACUCUGUUCAGCCAAUAUAAUUCUCUUGGUUCUACAGAUGUAGUAUUAGGCUUUAAUAAAUGGUUACUUAUUGCAUGUCAUACUAGCUACUGUUGAUCCUGCUUAGUUUGGUACUUGCUGCUUAUAAUUGGUUACAGCCCUUAGCUGGGAGAAUGCCUGCAGCUGCUUUUCUCUUGUGCAUCGCUCUCUUUCUCUGACUUUUUUAGGAAAGAAGCUUUUACAGAAGCUCGUGGAGCACGCCCAGGGGUCCAGAAAGUCAUGGUAGUUGUGACAGAUGGAGAAUCUCACGACAACUAUCGAUUAAAGAAAGUGAUUGAAGAUUGCGAAAAAGAAAAUAUACAGAGAUUUUCAAUUGCUGUAAGUGGCACUUUCAGGAGCCUAAAGAUCCAUAGAAUUUUCUCCUUCCAUUCUCCUCAAGUUUAUCUGGAAACAUGCUACAUUAGCUGCAUGACCAUCUUUUCAGAAUAAUGGUGUAGCACUUUGCCUACAGCAUCUCAGUAAUUCAUACCACAUACAAGGUAGAUCUAUAUUAUUUUCUUCACUUUGCAGAUGAAGAGCUAAGUGAGGGAGGACUUUAUGUGCUUGUACAAACUGUGCACAUAAGUUUGAUUCUCUUUGUUUGGGUCUGAAUAGAGAUAAUGGCCAUGGAGAUCUGUUUGGCAAAGCUUAGCUCCUCUUUGGGAAAUGGAUAUGUUUAGCUUUGGGCUUCUCCCAGUUCCCACCAUAAUAAAUCCAUGUAGCACAUUUCUAUAAUAUAGAUCUUAUGGAUGAUUUCCAUAGGCAUCUGGUUGGCCACAGUGAGACAAGGAUGCUAGACUAGAUGGGCUGUUGGCCUGAUCCAUCAGGUUCUUCUUAUGUUACAUGGCCAGCUCCCCUUGUACAAUCACAUAUUUGGCACCCACAAAGCUUUUCCUUGCUGGGGUCUAUUGUUUCUCAAAAUUACAAUGGCCAGUGAUGGUACAAUGGUACAAUACGGUUGGCUUUGCAACCUUGGACAGUGCUCUCUAGAUCAUGGUCAACAUCAACAGAUGACAUAGCCAGGCAUCUGCCAAGGACACACAUCCCAGCAGAAGGUUCAGUAAUGGGAGCCUCCCAGACUUUCUCCAUCAUGCAACCUGAUUGCUGAUCUCCACAGGCCAGGUCCAGACUUGAGUGGUGUUUCUGUCUGGGCUGGUCACAGCAGGGCAAUUUAUAUAGUUAUAUAACAUCCAUGGCUAAGCGAUCUCCCAAGGCAAUGGUUCCUGUAUUUGCUUCUUCAGUUUUCCAUGUGGUACCACUUGUGAGCUACAGGAAUGUCUUUUUGAACCUUGCAACACUAGCAUGUCUUUUUGGAAAUGCCAUAGAUUCUUGGCCACUACAACAGAGGCAACCUAAGCACUGAAAAAUUGGUUGAGGAAAUAAAAUCGAUUGCAAGUGAGCCAACAGAAAAGCAUUUCUUCAAUGUCUCGGAUGAAUUAGCCCUGCUUACUAUUGUUGAAGCUCUUGGAGAGAGAAUAUUUGCUCUAGAAGGUAUGUUUGGUCACCUCUUUUCUUUAAUUUGAAUGUUUUCCUGCAUUAUAUUCAUGAGGGAGAAAUGGUUUCCUGCUGCUGGAGUUUUCCAUUAUGCAGUUGAAUCAAGAAAGGGCAAUUCUGGAAUUCAUCUUCUUUUCACUCCAGGGUCAACAGUGAAAUUCCCUUUUUUCAUUUUUCAGGAAUACAAUAAAAUAACAAUUGCUGCAUGAAGCCAGACUGAUCAGAGCUGGUCCUAUCAUUAGGCGGUUUGAAGCAUCUGCCUCAUGUUGCACAGUGUCUUGGCCAAUCCUGUGACCAAUGGUCCAUUUGGUCCAUUUGAACUUUCAUGAUGUGGCAGCAGGAUUCAACAUUGGCUAAAAACUCUUUGUUUUGGACUACAAGUCCCAUCAGCCCCAGCCAGACUUCAGUUAGUAGGGAAGAUGACACAGGGGGUUUCUGCCACAGAUUCAAUGACUGUUCUUAGGCUAGUUGGUUAAUAUUAUGCCUCAGUGUUCCUCAGCUGUUAAAUGUCAACUUAAGUGACAUAAAUGCAGUUUAGUGUCUGUGCAGGAUCAGCUUGCAGCUUGCAGCUUGCUUCCCUGCUUUUCUCUUCUGUAACCGUGUUCUCGCAUGAGUUUUAGUUGUUACUUUCUACUCAGGGUGCUGUUGAGUCUGGAUUAUGUCUUAUCGCCCCCUUGACACGGGGCUGGAUUUGAUACUAGCCCAACCUCUAUAUAGAUCGUCAUCAAUCUAUUACAUUCCAGAAGCCAGAAAAAUAAAAGCAUCCAGUAUACAUACCUUCAUCUUAACAACAGAGCAAAAAAAACAAAGCAAACCAUAUUGUAAACACCAUCAGCUCAAAUAUUCACAUAAUGAUUAUUCCAGCUUCAGAUGGUUAAUAGGUUCUCACUACUAUUGCUAGAAAGUUGGUCGCUGCUAACACCCAUGGGAUUUUAUUUCCCAGCAAAUAUUUAACAUAGCAUUGAGCUGACCUUCCUGCAACUUGGGACAACAAGGGGAAAUUAUUUGAUGACGAGCUUCAGCAUUAAAAGGGCAAAACAAUAUAACAUGUUGUACAAAUUCCAUCUCCUGGUUAUACAGGAGUGACCCUAAUCUGUGAAAAGGUGGGAAGGGUAUGUACAUUUUGUCAUGCCACCCUUGCCCACAAGGCUACGUGGUGCCUGGCACUACUCAGACUCACCCCAGUGCACCUGUUCACUCUUUGUAAGAUGUACAGAUCUGAGCUGGGUUUCUAAUAGAAAACCUGUUACUGCUGCCACCACAGUACCUCGACAUUUCCCACUUCUAACCAUCAUGUGCUAUAAUCCAACAAUUUAUUAAGACAAAUUGUCAGGGAACUGCCAUUGGCUCAGGGGCAAGAGGGGAAAAGCUGGAUGGAUUACAGAGAUCGUGGGAAGCAGCACUUCCUCAGGGGAGGAAGGAAGCCAUACCUCUAGUGGAGAGGAGAUGCAGGGCUCAGAGGAGGCAAGGCGGUGCCAAGACACAUUGCCUGAGCAAAGCGGGGAGGAAGGAGGUCCUCCUUUACCCAAGUUGUCCAUGCGCAGUAGGCUUCCGCGCAGAGAGGGGAGGUGCAGACUGGGGGGUCAAGAAACUACUCUGCUGGGGAAGAUUUAGGCACCACCCACUCUCAGAUUCUGCCAGUGAACGAGCAAGACACGGAAUAGAGGCCCUCUGCAUUCUAAAGGUUUUUACCACCAAUAAGAAAGCUUUAGAACAGACUAACUGGACUAUAAAGAAGGCUGAUCACCGAAGAAUUGAUGCUUUUGAAUUAUGGUGCUGGAGGAGACUCUUGAGAGUCCCAUGGACUGCAAGAAGAUCAAACCUAUCCAUUCUUAAGAAAAUCAGCCCUGAGUGCUCACUGGAAGGACAGAUCCUGAAGCUGAGGCUCCAAUACUUUGGCCACCUCAUGAGAAGAGAAGACUCCCUGGAAAAGACCCUGAUGUUGGGAAAGAUGGAGGGCACAAGGAGAAGGGGACGACAGAGGACAAGAUGGUUGGACAGUGUUCUCGAAGCUACCAGCAUGAGUUUGACCAAACUGCGGGAGGCAGUGGAAGACAGGAGUGCCUGGCGUGCUCUGGUCCAUGGGGUCACGAAGAGUCGGACAUGAAUAAACAACUAAACAACACCAAUUGAGGCAUAUUGCCUGAUUGCUCUCGAGCAUCCAACUGAUACAUCUAACACAAAUAAAUAAGCAUUUUUAAUCACUUAGCGUACAGAGACAUAUGGGGUCAAUUCUGUAUUAUUUGAUUUGUUACUUCUUAUCACAAAAAACAAUGACUGAUAUAACAAUGCUGAAGUUACUAUCAAACCAAUCCUGCUGCCAUCCAAAUGCUCUCUCCACCUACAGCUUUCACUGCAGCUACCACCCAUUCCCAAACUCAGCUGACUCUUAAACUGUCUCCCACCAGGAUUCAAACUUUCUAACCCUUAUCCAAUCAUUUCCAACUUUCCCAGAUACCCUCUCCCACCCACCUACCCCCAACCUACACCUACAUGUUAUACUUACAAACACUUUCACCCUAAAGUCACUUGUAUUGUUACAUAUUGUUGUCAUCCAUCUGUCUCAAGAGACAAUGGAGUGUGCCUCCAGGGGUGAAGUCAAACCACUGCGUAGCAGCAUCAAGGUGACCUCCCUGGACGCAAGCCUGGGCAGUGUGUAUGGAGGCUCUGGGCUGCCCAGGUGACCUCUUGGCCUAGCUGAUGUGGUCUAAAGGAAAGCAGAGCAAUCACGUUUGGCACCAGCUUGGCUUCAGGAGUUGCCAGAAGGAGGUGUAACAGGGGUCAUCCAAUUGUCUUAGGGACUCUACUCUGGAUUUGUGCAGUUUACUCCUUAGCCUUUUCUUCUCCUGAAAACAUCCCACAAGGCAGCAGAAAUAUUACAUAUGCACACAGUAUUAUUUACAGAAACAUCAGAAGAUCACAGCGUUGCACAGGCGGUGUUAUUGACAGAUAUCCUUUGGAACCAAGAUUCAGGGCCUGCUAUGACCCCAAACCCUGGCAUGUUAAAUAUCCAUCAAACUUCUGUUCUUGUUAAUCUUUUGCAGGCCUCUAUUCUAAUCUGUCCAUUGCUUUCUAAGCCAUCUUGGCAGGAACAGUGUUGCUUCUGUGUUCUUUCUAGUGCUUAAUGUGCUAGUGGUGCUUUAAAAUGUUAGGCAACAGUACAAGUAAUUUGUAAAUGAUUAUAUUUCCUAGCAGGGAAAACAUCUGUGGAUACUUCACAUUUAAAAAUCUCAGUCUUUCCUGAAUAAUCAUUAUAGACUUGCUUGUGGGUGACAUUUGCAGCAGUGUCAACAGAGAGCACAAAUAUAGGAAUUCACUUAUGAAAAUACACAAAUUAGCAUUUCAUUGCUAACAAAUAAUUAGGAACCUCAUUAGAAUGAUUGGAUUUGUACAGAAACAAUGUUUGCGCACAAUGGCUUCUCAGCAUUGCAGCUUGUUUCAAUUAAGGGGGAUAUAUAUAUUCUUGGCUAGUGAAAAGUAUUCAUUUCCUCACUUAUAAAUUGGUUGUAUUCCAACCAAGCUCUGUGUAUCUGUAUGUGCAAAUGGAAAACAAUCUAUACAGCCAGAUAUUUUGUUGCCAUUUCCACAGCAGCGCUUCAUGCUGCUGAAGAGGACAGCUGCAUUUUCUGCAGAACCAUGGCUAGCCUCUUCAGUGGUGUGACGUGGGGAUUAAGCAGAGGCUGGAUGGCCAACUCUGAGCGAUUCUGUAGAAGUAGUAGAAUUCCUAUGGCAGGUGAUGUCCUUUGAAGUCCCUGUCAAGUCUAUGAAUAGCUGGCAUAGAAACUGCAAACUGUAACGUUUUAGUGUUGCAUUUUAUUUUGUAAAUGACUUUCAGCUUCUUGACUGGAAAGAAGACUAUUAAUGAUUUUAACAAAUAGCUAGAUCCAAUAUUAUAUUCUUCCUCUCAACUUAAUGAGACUGCCCUUAGUUCAAUAUACCAAUGCCUAUGAGUGAAUCUUCCAGUUGGAUUUCUUUUGAUGUCAUAACUUCCAGCCCACAACUGGUUAAGUUGCCUGGUAGUGCAAUCCAUAGAUAAUAAUUCUGGUAAUACAUGUGGUGUUCACUCUCAGCAUUUAUAGUCUGCUGUUUAAAAAAACAAAAUUGCAAAAUAAUCCAGCUUCAUGAUAUUCCUAUCCUCUCGUCCUACAUGUAACUGGAGAUGUUAGUCAACUUAAUGACCUGAUAAAAAUAACUUUCAAACCACAAGAUAAUGAAACAGAGAACACAUCUGUUACUUAUUAUCCCUGAUUGUACUUUUGAAAAUUAAUAGCUUUGGCACUUUUAAAGAAGGGAGACAGUUUGUGAGUUGCCAAAAACAGUGCAUCCUCCCCAAAGGGGAAGACAGGGCACAGAUUUGCAUAAAAUGUUUGAGUUGUAUUCAAUUAAGUUUAACUUUGAGUAGACCCUACUCAAUGGUUUUGAGUUAAUCAUCAUGCUCUCCCUUAAAUGACUAUGUUUAAACCAGACUUGGACAAGACACCUUCAAACAUUUUAUUUUCACAGCAACCCUGUGAGGUAGGUUAGUCUGAGAAGUAAUGACUAGCUCAAAGUCACCUAGUGAGCUGGGUAGGGAUUUGAAGACAUCUGAUGGAUGACAAGGCACCUGAUGGGAAGAAUUCAGGAUUUUGCUACUUGAGAGAACUGGAUAGAUUUUUGACAUUUCUUCUAAUAAAAUAUAUCUGUUUGAAAUAUUUCUCUCAGUGUCCAAGUUAAGGUGCUGGUAACUCUUAAUAAACAGUCUAGUCUUUCCUCUAGUUUGGAAUUAUUUAUAGUCAGCAUUUUGAUCCAUUUGUGUUGAAACAAUAAGCAUUUCCUGUUUUAUAGCUACGAAAGACCAGCUGGCGUCCUCUUUUGAAAUGGAAAUGUCUCAAGCUGGAAUCAGUGCUCAUUAUUCCCAGGUAAACUAACCAGUCAUCUAUGGCUAUAGCUAUUCUUUAAAAUAAAUUGUUCUUCAGAAGGAAGCUCUUGAAUAUCCUCAAACAGAAAGAUCACUGUAAUGCUUUGGCCAGGUUUGUGUUAUUUAAAAAAUUGCCAUUAACCCACAAUACUGAUACCUCCCUCCUUUCAAACUCCAUACUUUACAAUUUCUAAACACUUCCAAACAGUAUCAUUGCACCAUUCAGACACGUCUCAUUGCAUUGCUGCACGGUACAACUUGAUGACUUUUCCCCUUUUGUUCCCGCAUAUGAACAUGGCAAAACAUUGGGUGUGUGCACAGACUGCAUUUCUGAUGAUCUGGGGACACAAGCCCUAUUCAAAACUAAUGCUCAAGCACGAAGAAGGGAAGCACUGAUGGGUCCAACCCCCAAUGGCUUAGCAUGACAAUAUGCAGUGGGGUAGAUUUCCUGUAUACAUCUGUGCAUGCAAAGUCAUCCAUGCAACCUGGAAUCCUGUGCAAAUGGGGUUGCAGAUCACAUGGACAAUUUUGCACAUACAGUUGCACAUGUUGCUCCCUGCAGGUGUUUGUGCUGAAUGUACAGGUGCCAGGCAUGGGGCAAGCUGGCAUGUGCAUGGUUAGGGCUGGAGCUAGUUGGCAUUUUGAUUUACCACAUGAGUGCUAAUUGGGGGGAAAGUGUGGAAUGAGAGAUUAUUAGCCACCUUGAAAACAGGGGCAACAUAUCGUAGUUGAAAAUGAAUAAAUAAAUAAAUGAAAUUUAUAUCUCAUCUUUCUACCAUCAUGGAACUCAAGGUGGCAUGUGCAGUGCUUUUUUUCUGGGGGGACGCCGACCCCUAAACAUUUUGUGAAGCUAACAGGAGAAGAAUCUUAAAAUUUUUAGUUUCUUCUCUAGCACAGUGAAUUGUCAGUUCCGUUGCUACCCCUGACAGUAGCCUCAUUUCCUGUCACGGUGUUUCCUCAGACGGAAUGAGAAUACCCCUAAACAUUUUAUUAUUAUUUUUAAGAAAAAAAGCACUGGGCAUCUGUACGUAUAAUUCCUAUGAGGUCACCCGCAUAGGGUUCCUAUAUAUCCUCUUUUUCCAGGACACGUCCUCUGUUUCAUGGAUAUGUAAAAUGAGAAUUGUCGUAGAGAUACAUAGUUAAAAGUAGAUGGUUUAUGUAACUAACUGAUUUCUCCUGCUAUGUAAGGAUUGGAUUAUGCUUGGAGCAGUCGGAGCAUAUGACUGGAAUGGAACUGUCGUCAUGCUAAAGGACAAUGCCUUUCAAAUCCCGAGAAAUGACACAUUUUAUAACAAGUCUUCAGAAAGAAACGAGCCUCUUGCAGCAUACUUAGGUGACUCCAAUAUUCCAGUUCAUUCUUUUCUCUCAGCUAGCCAACCUGCUGUAUACCCUUAGUUAGGAUUGCACUGCAUUGGCCUAUUGGAAAUAUAUUUAUGCAUGCUUUUCCUUUUUUUUUAAAGAGGCACAAGUAGCUAUUAUCAAAGUAUCCUGAGAAUGAACGUUGUCUCUCCCAUUCUUUAUUUUAGGUUAUACAGUAAAUUCAGCUUCAGUGCCUGGAGAUGUGCUGUACAUUGCUGGCCAGCCUCGAUAUAAUCACACUGGUCAAGUUAUCAUAUAUCGAAUGAGAGGAGCAGAUAUAGAAAUACUUCAAAGAUUAAAUGGGGAGCAAGUAAGUAAGUGGGGUUAUUGCAAUUCACAUACUUCAGAAUGAGAUAUAUUUGUCCCAUACUGAAUAUUGCCAGAAAAAAGGUGUAGAGAAAAACCAACAGAGCAUGAAUCAUUGCUGCAGUUCUGAACAAUUCAACCCUGUGUCUGAAGCCGCUUAUAAAUCAGUAAUGCUGAAUGUGUGACUACACAAUGUUCAUUUCAAGUAUUAGACGCAGUCAUGUAUUCAGAUAGUAAAUUCAGCAACAGAUAAUUGAAGGAGGUGGUGCCCUAGUGGUGACUCUCUUUGGGAUCAUACCUCCAGAGUUCCUACAAAUUGUAGGAAUUGAGCCUCCAGGGCAAGGCCAGCAACAACCUACCACACUGCAGCAACCCUCUUAUCUUUUUUUGUGGGUGGCACUAUGGGUUAAACCACUGAGCCUCUUGGGCUUGCCAAUCAGAAGGUCAGCGGUUUGAAUCCCCGCUACGGAGUGAGCUCCCGUUGCUCUGUCCCAGCUCCUGCCAACCUAGCAGUCCGAAAGCACAUCAAAGUGCAAGUAGAUAAAUAGGUACCGCUCCAGCGGGAAGGUAAACGGCAUUCCUGUGCACUGCUCUGUUUCGCCAGAAGCGGCUUAGUCAAACUGGCCACAUGACCUGGAAGCUGUACACCGGCUCCCUCGGCCAAUAAAGCGAGAUGAGCGCCGCAACCCCAGAGUUGUCCGCGACUGGACCUAAUGGUCAGGAGUUCCUUUUUCCUUUACCUAGACAAGUCAGUAGCUGCCCCUGUUUCCACUCUCCACUUCUAGAACCAGAAACAGCAUCCUCCUUCUUUUACUUUUACUGAGUAUCUUUUCAUUUUGAACACACUGCUUUGACAUCUUUAAUGAUACGUGGUUUAUACAUUAAAUAAGAAUAAAAUGCGUAUUGAAUACAAACAGGAGGGGAUCCUAUUUUGUACAAUUACAGAUUGGCUCCUAUUUUGGAAGUGUUAUCACAACCAUUGACAUUGACAAAGAUACAUUUACUGAUAUUCUUCUCGUGGGAGCACCUAUGUACAUGGGGACCGAAAAAGAAGAACAAGGCAAGGUGUAUGUUUAUUCAUUGAACCAGGUAAGGAAGAAAUGAACUGUGUUGGGAUUUAAACGUCAAGAGCAUAAGACAAAUCCAGCUAGAUCUGUUAUAUUAGGAAUCUUAGGUGAGAUACCCAUGCAGUGGAAGUUGCUCCCAGUACCAGUCAGAAGCAGAGGAAGGUUCAGAUACUAUUGCAGAAGAUAAGGCUCAGUAAAACAGUUCUGAAUGUAGAUAUAUAUAGCUUGUAGGCUUUUGCAGAUACAGAUAUAUAUAUAUAGAUACAUACAACGGCAAAAUAUCUCCGUUGCACUAAAUAAGUUCAGCAAUUCAGGACAUAUCACUGGAAAAGUAGUACCAACAAAAGACAGACUAGCUUCAGUCUCACAGACUGACUCACCGUUGAACUGACAUGCAUUAAUCACAGAUAUAGUUGGGAUCCUGUUCCAUUACCAUAGCAACUGGCUUAGCUGAACUUGCACCUGCAAUUAGCUUAUCCAUGGCGAGAUUUAUGGCCAUUAAGCCUUUCUCAUGUCUGAUUACUCCAACAUGUCCAGCAUCCUUUUCUCACGUUGGCAACGAGAUGCCUGUGGGAAGCCUGUACUGUAAGCCAAAUUUGGGUACAAUGAUGCGCUCCCCAAUUGUGAUUCCUAGCAAGUGGUUUGAAGGUAGAACAUUACUAUUGUGGCUAGUAGCCAUUGAUAGCUUUAUCCUGCAUGAAUUUAUCUAGCCCUCAUUUACAGCCAUCCAACCCUGGUGGCCAGUCUUGGAGGGAACAGAUUCCAUAGUUGCAUUGUGGAAAGAAGAUCUUCUCUGGUCUGUUCUGAAUCUUCUAAAUUAGAUGACUCCGAGUUGUAGUAUUAUGAGAAGGAUUUCUAGAAUUAUGGGUGAGAUGCACUAGAAGAACAUCUACCAGGAAAAGUUAGCAAAGUAGACAGAAAUCCAUUGUUAUUUUUUCCACAGAAGACAUUUGAACAUCAGAUGACCCUUGAGCCUAUAAAGCAAACAUGCUGCUCGCUACUGAAGCACAAUGACUGCACAAAUCACAACAAGAAUGAACCUUGUGGGGCCCGUUUUGGAACUUCAAUUGCUUCAGUAAAGGACCUCAACCUUGAUGGGUUUAAUGAUAUAGUCAUAGGUGCCCCCCUUGAAGAUGAUCAUCGAGGAGCUGUGUAUGUUUACCAUGGCAAUGGAAACACUAUAAGGAAAGAAUAUGCCCAGGUGUGGAAGAAAAUUAAGAGUAUGUCUAGAUACAAGAAUGGGGUGGGGGUGGGGGUUGAUGGUAGGAGAAAUGGGGGACUGUUAGAAACUUGGGAGUACUCAAUUUUGUAAUAUUCACAGAUUUGUUUAUAAAGUCACUCUAGACUGACUUUUUAUGUUUAGAUUAAUUUAAUGUGUUAGCAAAUGACACAUUUUGAUGAAUAUCAAUCUGAACUUGGCUUAGAUUCACCUCUGAAUGUCAGCAUUAACCAGAUUUUAGAUACUUCCUGUAAUGUGAAUAUUUGGGUAUUUAUAAGGCUCUAAAAUUCAAGGGACGCGGGUGGCACUGUGGGUUAAACCACAGAACGUAGGGCUUGCCGAUCAGAAGGUCGGCGGUUCGAAUCCCAGUGAUGGGGUGAGCUCCCAUUGCUCGGUCCCUGCUCCUGCCAACCUAGCAGUUCGAAAGCACAUCAAAGUGCAAGUAGAUAAAUAGAUACUGCUCCAGCGGGAAGGUAAACGGCGUUUCUGUGCGCUGCUCUGGUUCGCCAGAAGCGGCUUAGUAAUGCUGGCCACAUGACCCGGAAGCUGUGCGCCAGCUCCCUCGGCCAAUAAAGCGAGAUGAGCGCCGCAAGCCCAGAGUCGGCCACGGCUGGACCUAAUGGUCAGGGGUCCCUUUACCUUUACCUUUACCUUUACCUUUACCUUUAAAAUUCAAUUUAAAUAGUAUUUUUGGGACUUGGUGCCUGUCUGGUUUCAUUCAUUUUUAAAUACAGGAAAGGAUUUAAUUCUCCAAGAGUGUUGAACAAAAAAGUAAAGAAAUAACUAUUAUCCCUAUCCAGAAUGCCAUCUUGAAGUGUCAAACCUUCUGUAUUUCCCUGUUGACUGUAAUAAAGUCAUUAUGCUUUCCACAGCGCAUUGCAUCAGGUGGCGAUGGGGAAAAGAUGAAAUUUUUUGGCCAGUCGAUACAUGGUGAAAUGGAUUUGAAUGGAGAUGGACUGACAGAUGUCACUAUUGGAGGCCUUGGAGGGGCAGCCCUCUUCUGGUAUUUAUGAUAAAGCUUUCACUUUAAAGAAUCCUCAGUUUGUCAGUAAUUGUUACCUGGGACUUUUAGUUAACUGGUUCCUUAAGUGUGUGGAUCCUUGUCUUGCCAAAACAGCACAAACAUCAUUCAUAUUGGCUAGGACAGAGGCAAAAUUAUCUACACUAUUUCUGGGUGGCAAAACUGCAGUGAGAGGCCAAAUAUUAUGAAGGGAGAGGUGAAAUUCUCCAGCAGUUUUGCUCCAGAGACACUCUUGUCUGAGAAAUUUGGGCUCGUUUAAUUCUGUAUAAAAAAAUUAUUGUUAGUUCAUAUUGGUAGAUGAAGGAAGGACUGGGGGACAACUGCAGAAAUAUAGGAUAAGCCCAUUGCAUUACAUUCAAUGUUAAUCCUACUCAGAGAAACAUGACUAAGGGGGCAAUUCUAGGGCAAAGAUCCACUGGGAUGAGUAGAUUAGGAGGCAGCAGAUUGGCUGAGCUGAGAAUCUCAGCCAACAUCUGCAGUUCUGGCUCAGCCAAAGAUGCAUCAGUGUAAUUUGCUCAUCCCAGCUCAGCCAGGGCUCAGCUACCUAAAUUGAAGCUGGCUGAUCCAAGACUUGUAAAAGUCCCCCAGAAGGGGCAUUCUGGGGGUGUGGCAGGGCAGGACCAGAGAGGGAGGUACUUAGGUUGGAUCCUAAGCCCAUAUUGCUUAGUCACAUGACCUGGCGUAGAACACUAUUCUAAAGCAGGCAUAGGCAAACUCAGCCCUCCAGAUGUUUUGAGACUACAAUUCCCAUCAUCCCUAGCUAACAGGACCAGUGGUCAGGGAUGAUGGGAUAUGUAGUCCCCAAACAUCUGGAGUGCCGAGUUUGCCUGUGCCUGUUCUAAAGCCUUGUUUUCCCUCUGCUGAAUGGGGUUUGGAUCUAGUAUAACUUUAUGCCAGCUAAUUUACACUAACUUGCUUUAUGAUAGCUUCUUAGCCAUAAGAUUGCUCUCUACCUUAGGUCCAUUAAUUUCAAUGGGUCAACUGUAACUUAGAUGGAUGCAACAGUUUUGAAAGUGAGUCCACAUUAAAAAUGACAAAAUUGGGGAGUCCAUAUCUGUUAUAAUCUGGAGGAGGACUGAAAUUCACCAAUAGGAGGGGCUCUAAGAAGAAAGAGCAUUUUUAAAUAAAAAAGUUAGAAAAUGCUUUUCUGAGGAAUCUCAUGUUUGUAUUUCAUGGACGGCAUCUGUCUUAGGUCUCGAGAUGUUGCUGAAGUAAAUGCUUCCAUGGAAUUCACACCCAGCAAAAUUAAUAUCCAGAAGAUAAACAAUGACAUGCAAAAGCAACGGGUGUUCAUCAACGCCACAAUUUGUUUUAAAGUCAAAUUAAAAUCAGAGGAGGCCACAAUGAAUGAAACAAGUAAGUAGAUUGCACUGAAUUUUGCUAUAUAGAUUGUCUACCAACUAUUUUUUUAAAAAACCUCUCACUUUAGAGCAGUUCCUCGAGAAUUUGCUGGAGAACCUGCAGGUAAAUGAUUGUAGGUCAAAGGCUUUACUGCAUUUUCAUUUGCUGCAUGCAAAGAUACAAUAGAAUUACUGUUUUAUAAACUGUUCUUUCCGUUACAAUAUUGUAUUUCAUAUUAGACUAAAGCAGCAAUCAGGAGAUUCCAUCAUCUAAAGCAUGGUAAACAUUAAUAAAGAGAAGGUCAGUUCCCAUGUCCUAAAGAAGCAGAAAUAAGGGAAACGUUAUGGAUUUGUGUUUCCAUUUCCAUGCUUGAUUGAACCUGGACUGUGGGGUUUAAGCUUCACACAGGAAUUCACAAUUUAAGUUAUUUUUUUACAAUGUUAUGUAGAGCUCCCAGGCCUGGGUAGAGAUUCUCUUAAGAUGGGACACAGAGGAAGGCCUCUCCACUAGAUUCUAGGGAGCAGGCAAGUCAGCAUGGAAGAUGACAGCCUUUUAGAUGGUAGUGUUUGUUACUCAUGCAUCUUCUGUCACUCCUUCAGACUAUCUGAAGUGGCUGAGAAAAGCAAGAAAGCAAAGGACAGCGAAAGAGACAAUGGGCUGUACCCAAUGUUGUCAUUCCACUCUUGCAAGAGACUUCUCCAAUGACACUUCGCCCUCGUCUCCUCUCCUCUCGCCUGCAACUUUCACACACCUUAAUUUCUUGUCCAGGGAGUUGGGGAACCAUUUGGAGCAGAUUUGGGGGGGGGGCUUUCAGGGAGGAAAACUGUUUUGGGGUCAAGCUCUACAAAUGCAAUUAAUUGUACCUGUUCACCCCCCCCCCCUUAGGUAUCCAGUAUUGGAUUACACUUGAUGCCCAAAGAAAGUUGUCACGAAGCCUUUUCACAGAAACUCUUGAACGGAAGAUGCAAAAAAAUAUCACAGUCAAAGGGUCAGAAUGUGUUAACCAUAACUUCUACAUGUUGGCAAGUAAAUCAUAUCAAGUGGCAACCCUCCCCUCAUUGCCUUCUCUCUCCCCUUUUUUUGCAUUAGUGGAAAGGAUGCAUACAAUUAAAAAAUAAUAGUGGUUUUUAUGUAAGGGAUUAGUUAGAGAGAAUUUAUACUGUUUUUGUAUGCGGACAAUAUUCUCUUUACUCUCUCGUUUCAUUUCUCUUUAUCAGUGCUUGCAAACACCCCAACAAGUUUUCCAUGUAUUUCUGUAUAUUAGACUGAUGAUUUUUUGACAAUUCCUGAUGUCUGCUUGGUUCCUUUUUAGUAUGAAAUGAAGCUGCGUAUAAUUCUAAGCACCCUAUCUUAUGCACACCUUUAUAAUAUAAGCAUUUUUGUACAAAUGAUUCGACUGGAGGACUUAACGGUGUUAUUUUUAUGGUGUUCAAGUUCCCCAACUCAUUGAGGAGUCUGAUUUGCAUCCCUGUGUGGGACAGGCAGAGGGUGACAUGCUCUUUUCAUAUGCAGCUUCCUUGUGAGAUGGGAUGGCUCACUUUGGGAGGGGAGAGCCAAUCCGCUACAGUUCUUGGACUUCCCAAGGCAGGGAGUGGACCAGAUUGAAGACUCCGUUUGGUCUGGUCCAGUUCCAGAUUAUAAAAGGGAUUCCCCCCCCCCAAUUGUGAUACAUACUCAAUUGUGGUACACAAGUAAAUUGUAUAAAUAGAUAAAUGCAAACCGAACCAGAUUUCUCUCCAUCACUUUUAUAUCCCAGACUAGCUAUAUCUGAAGACAGUGGGACCCUCAAGAGUAUCAUUUUAUUUGAUGAUAAGGGUUGUUACCAAAACAAAACAAAAUCAUUACACAGGCACUUUGUACAUGCUUGAGCUUCUUAGGACCCCAGCCUUAAAAAAUUCUGUUGGUCUCUUACUGAGACCCAGCCAUCUUCUUUGGGAUACAGAAAAAAAGACCUGGGCUCCUGGGGAUUAUUUUCCAUUGUUGUCAUAGCUGGCACACCAGACUGCAUCUUAAAUUCUCUCCAUUUUUUAAAAGUGUUUGUGGUCUGAGGCCUGCUACAAUGAGCCUAGCUGAAAAACCCUGAAGGUUGCUUUUUAUUCAGUGAAACCUGGGCUCUGACUCAUAGUCUGCAAUUUCAAGAUAAGAAAAAGGGUCAGUUGGAGUCCAUAAGGGAAAAUCCUUUGGCUAUGUUGUCUAGUAUGGUCCUUAAGCUCCCUGUUUUGUCUUGAAUUUGCUGUUUGGCAUGUUUCCUUUUAGGUGAAUAAUGCAAAGUAUAGACCACCCACCAAUAGUCAUUUUAAAAGCAUGCCUCUCUUUUUUUUAGUAUUCUGACGAUUGGAAGAAGGGGAAAGGUUGCAAUGACUGUUUUCUUUGCCUUCACUUUGUCUCUAGGACCAGCCUGACUUUCGUGAUUCUGUAAAGGUUUUGUUGGACUUCAACUUCUCUGAUCCAGAGAGUGGACCGAUCCUGGACAGUGCAAUGCCCAACUCAAUAUAUGAAUAUGUGAGUCGCUACAAUGUGGAAAGUGGUCUGGUUUCUUGAUCUGAUGUGUGAAUUAGUGCAUCAAUAUAUUUCUGUAUUUAUUUAAUUUAUAAACUCACAUAAAAAAUAUCAAGGAGGUAGAGAGCAUAAGAUACCAUAAAACAAUACAAAAUGAUGCAAUAAGAUACCACAAAACAAUGCAAAAUAAUCACAAAACUGACUGGCUCAACUAAAAAAGAAAAAAAAAAGGACUGAAGAGCCUUGUCAACAUUAAAACAUUAAACAUUUUAAAAAAUAUAUACAAGAAAUAUAGAAGGGUUAACAUUGAGCUAAGUUGGAGCAGUAAUGUCCCAAAUUAUUAGUACAGUGGUACCUCGGGUUAAGAACUUAAUUCGUUCUGGAGGUCUGUUCUUAACCUGAAACUGUUCUUAACCUGAGGUACCACUUUAGCUAAUGGGGCCUCCUGCUGCUGCCACACCGCCGCCAUGCGAUUUCUGUUCUCAUCCUGAAGCAAAGUUCUUAACCCGAGGUACUAUUUCUGGUUUAGUGGAGUCUGUGACCUGAAGCGUCUGUAACCUGAGGUACCACUGUAUGCUCUUCAGCAAGAACUUCUGAGGCAUAGAGGAACUUGUUGCAAAGUCCAUAAACUGCUUUGUAAACCACUUUGAGGUUUUAUUACAGUCAAGCAACAUAUAAAGGUUGUGGAAUAAAUGAAUUAAUGAAUGACUAAACUUCUUGCAGAUCCCUUUCACAAAGGAUUGUGGAACCAAAGAGAAAUGUAUUACCGAUCUUCAGCUGACUGCCAAUGCAGCCAUAGAAGGAAGCAGGUAACAUGGACAAUGCUACCUUUUUAUAUACACAUGUAAAAUUAUGCUUGUAUAGAUAUCUUAUACAACAUUCAGCAUGGUUGGGUCAAUGAAACUAUUGUUACAGAAAUCAUAAGCCAUAACUGUUUUAAAAUUGUUUAUUACUUAAGAAUGUUUUGAUUUCGACUGAUUAAAUUGAUGGAUUAUACUGAAAUGGCAAAAUUAACAGGUGUGCUAGGAAACCAAGAAGGGGGCAAAUUAUUAAGGAGUGGGGAAUAUUUGUGGAAUAUUUUAAAAAAUCAUGGUAUAAAACUAAGUGCAUUGGUAGGGUUGACUUAAUUGUCAGAUAAUUCAGAAAUGGAAUAAAGUGGAAAAUGCAGUGUUAAAAAUUUAGGUAAGAGAUGGAACCACAAAAGGGGGCAAGGGAAGUCUGAUAUGUAUUUGUAUUGGAAGUAUGUGACUGUAAGAUGAGUAUUUGUAAACUCUUGAAAACUGAAAAUAAAAUUCAUAAAAAAUAAAAUGUUUUGUUUAUUUUUCAGUUCAUCACCAUUCAUUAUCAGGGCGAGCAAUCUGAAGUUCUGGGUCCGGAUGCUUGUUAAGAAUAAAAAAGACAGUGCUUAUAAUACCAGAGUCAUUGUUCAGUAUUCUCCAAAUAUUAUUUUUGCUGGGAUUGAGGUACAUGCUUUAAUUUUAAUAAUAAUAAUAAUAAUAAUAAUCCUCUUGUCUUGUUGUGAUGGAUAACUAGUAGAACCAGCUUGUCUGUUUGAUGGAAUUUAUAUGUAUAAUAUUCAGGUUAGAGAGCCAGGGAUUCCUAUGCAAUUGUUGAUUUUUCCUAUAGGUAGAUAUUGGUACUUUGCUCUGCAAACAGUACUAAAGAAAAAUAUGUGUGAUGUAAGAAAGACACACAUAACUGUAUAUUAUUGUGUUAGAGCCAACAUGAUGAAGUUCAGGGGCAGGGAACUCAUGCCCCUCCAGAUGUUGGCCUCCAACACCCAUCAGUCCCCAGCCAGCAUAGUCAGUGUUCAGGGAUUAUGGGAGUUGUAGUCCAACAACUUCUGAAGGGACCUAAGUUUCCCAGCUCUGUUGUAGUGGCUUGAGUGUUGGACUUGGACAUCGGGCUGGGUUCAAAUACCUGUUCAUGUAUGAAGUUGACUUAAGUCAGUGUCUCUCAGCCCAGUUCACGCAGUGUUGGUGAAGAUACCUCUUCACCAUGAGCUCCUGAGAAGAAGAAAAAGGUGGCAUGCAAAUAUGGCUGUUACAGUCUUCUUUGGGGAUAUAUUACUGAAUUUAUGGGAUGCGGAUAGCGCUGUGGUCUAAACUACUGAGCCUAGGGCUUGCUGAUCGGAAGGUCAGCGGUUCGAAUCCCCACGACGGGGUGAGCUCCCGUUGUUCAGUCCCUGCUCCUGCCAACCUAGCAGUUCGAAAGCACAUCAAAGUGCAAGUAAAUAAAUAGGCGGGAAGGUAAAUGCUGUUUCCAUGCGCUGCUCUAGUUUCGCCAGAAGUGGCUUAGUCAUACUGGCCACAUGACCUGGAAAAACUGUCUGCAGACAAACGCCGGCUCCCUCGGCCAGUAAAGCAAGAUGAGCCCAUGACUGGACUUAACUGUCAGGGGUCCUUUACCUUUUUUUUUUUUUAACUGAGUUUAUAUCUUCAGAUUUUGCAGGUUUUCACUUCAAAAAUAAAUCAGAAAUAACGCACAUUACAUAAAGAUGAAAUAAUUUCUACCAUUUUAUGUGCAGAAAAUAUCAAAAGAUAGCUGUGAAUCUGGGCCUAAUAUCACUUGCAAAGUGGGCUACCCUUUCCUAACACCUGGAGAGGAGGUAAGUUGUUGUGAAUGGGCUGUUUUGGUUAAUUAUAUUUUUCUAACGUCAGGCUCUUUUUGAGCCAAAGCUUGCUAAUGUGUUAUUAAUGAAAAAUAUGUAUGUCCCUGUCUUCAUGCCCCACCAUUGGCAGCUAAUGACAUUUAAAACACCAUAAUGUGAAAACAUAUACCAUAGAUCAAACAUUCAAUAACAGUACAGAGGCUGAAUUCUGACCCACCUAAAGACUUGAGUAAAUAGAGAUGCUUUCUAUAUUACUUUUUAUUCGUACAAGUAAUAAAUACAGGAAAAUGUCACUUUUCAGAGGUGAAAAGCACUGUAGAUCUGUGGUAGAGCAUAUGUGUUAAAAGCAAAAGGACCUUCACUGCCAUGCCGUGGGCAGAAUCCUGCUCUCUAGUGCAUGUUUAAGAGUAUCUAUGGUGAUUCUUGUGCCACUUUCCCUGUCCUAUUCAUCACCUGUUUUCAUACCAUCAGAACCCUGGAUUGGAAUUCCCACUCUACUUUUAAUUGUAUACUGGGAGAUUGAUAGAAUUUGUGUUCCUUUAGUAUUGCUGCUUGCUAACCACCACAAUUUUUCUCUCCCGGUUACUUUGAGUGGCACCCAUGAACCGUGAAGCAUACAUUUGGGACACAGGAAGUGUUUUUACAACAGGGCUGAAGAAAUAGCGUGUGAUGUUUGCCUUGGACAUUGCUUUGAAGCUCUGACUGUGCCAGAAUUUGAAUCCUAGGAGCAUGGUGUACAUGGGAAUAUAUAAACAGUAGCUUCUAGAGUGGUCCUAGUAUCUGACGGCACCAUCCUGCAGCCAGCAUAUUUAUUUAUUGUUUAAUCCCUAAGUCAGAAAGGGUCCUGUUGCAGAAGUCAGAGGACCUUGCAGUCUUUGCCUUGGGAUCUUCUUAGUCUCAGCAGCUGCCCUUGCAACUUUUGUACAACGGAAGAGUCUCGUUUCUGCAGAUGGACAAAGUUUAUGCAAAAGAUCCCUUCAUUCAGCGCUUCUGCUGAAGAACAGAGAUCUUAUUUCAGUGUAUGUAGGAGGAAAAAUGCACUUUGGCCUACAUGCGCACACAACAAACUUUCCUUGCAUAAGCUACUUCCCGGGAGAGAAUGUUAGCAAGGCUUAGGUCACAUCAUUUAUCCUGUGCAGAGGACAUAAACCAAGCCCAUUCGUCCAACCAGUGGAAAUCAUAUCCAGUGAUUUCUCUUCAUUAGGCCUUGCUGACAUACUUCGAAGCUUAUCUUCACUGCAGUAAUUGCUAGAAAACAGCCAGUAUGGAUUUGAAAAUGAAUCCCUAAGGCAGGAAUGGGAAGUCACAGGCCUGUGAACCAUAUCCAGUGCUUGAGACUCUUCCCACGGCAGACACUCGCCAAAGCCACACUCUUCACAAAUUGCCAGCAUGGGGGCCCAAGCAGUUUCAGGAUCCUAGCAUGGGGUGGGUAGAGGCUCCAAGCCUACAGUGUGGGUUGGGGAGCUACAUUCAUUUCAAUUCAGAUGACUCAGAUAUCAGGUCUGAUAAACGCUGACACCUUGUGUUUCUGUAAUCCACCUGAGGGUCUAACAGAUGACCAAUUAGAAUCCUUCAGCAUGUCAUCUUUUUUUUGCUCUGGGGGCACAAAAAAACCUGAAUUCAAAGAUUAUAGCACACUGUAUUGGCCAUAUGCAAUAACAGGGGUACGUUCUUAAGGUGUGAAAAUACAGCCUGAAAAGGAGAUUUGUGUAGGAGGUGAAACUACCUAUUACUGUUGCUAAUAGGAUUUCUCACCUGCCCUCAGGUCCCAGGGCGAGUUACAACAAUAUUAAAAUGCAGUAUUUAAAUCAGUAGGGUAGUUCGCAAAAUAUAUUGAUCUGAACACCCCAGAGGGUCUGCAGGGAAGGAGUCCGUCUUUCGGGUAUUUGGGGCCUCAGUCAUGUAGGGCUUUAAAAAGCAAUGUGAACACAGGUGAACAAUGCAGCUAGAUCAUGGAAGUUCUGGAACCCCAGCCAGCAAUCUGGCUGCUGUGUUUUGGACCAGACAAAAAUUCUAAGUUGUCUUCAAGGGCCAUCCCACAUAGUGCGUAAUGCAGUCUAGAAAAUACCAGAGCAUGGAAUAAUACUGUGGCCAAGUCACCUCUGUCCAAAACAGGCCAUAGCUAGAACCACACACUCCUGAGCCUCCAGUGACAAUGGUGGAGCCAGGAUCAAAAUCACAAUCUAGGAAAGCCCCUGACCAGUCCACCAAAGCCUCUGCUAGAAGUUUAAAAGCACUAGGAAUUAAAGUGCUCAAUGUGUUAAAACGUUAGGUUUAUCUGAUUUUCUUCACCCUGGUUAUCUGGAAAGGCUCUGAGGCUGAGGCUGACAGCAGCUCUACUCUGGUGACCUCAAAUAUUCAGCUUUUAUAUUAGCCAUGGAACUCAUUGCUCUGUUUUCAAAAGUGAAAUUCUACACUUCGCCAAGGCUUUUAAUAACCUUACAAAAACAACUCGUGUGGAAUUUCAAUUUAUUCCCAGUUCCUCAUUCUGUGACCUGGCUCUGUUCUCUUGACACUAAAUUGGCUGACGGCAAACUUUCCCACAACUUCUUCUCCAGGGACUUAAAGGCAACACGAUUAAACAAUUGCAGUGUCUCUGUGCAUUGUUCGCGAAAUACUUUUUAACGGCCCUGAUUGUGCUGUGGUAAUUCAGAGUCAAUGCGAGGGAGAUAAGAGGUUGUAUCCAUGCUGCAAGAAUGGAAAAUAGGCUGCCAAUUGCCACUGGCCUCUGUAUAGAUCCAAAAGUCUCUCCAGGCGGUUGCAGGAGAACUACCAAAUGUUGUGGACCAUUAACUUAUGGAGUAGUAGUGCGAGAGGGGAAUUGUCGAAAUUGGGCACCUGUGUGGUAUCAGGCAGUUCCUCUGCUUACUGUAGCCUUGCAAGACACAGCCUAUGAUGUUUGGAGAGUUCCCCGCACCAGCCCUCUGGAUAUGCUUUCCCACUGAUAAAGGGGACUCCGGGGGGGGGGAAGGGAAAGAGCCAUUGUGAGCUGCCUUCCAGGGCAGAUAAAAGAAAUCACAACUUCAUGGGUUGCAUGGGUAUGCAAUCCACACUCACAGGAGCCGGGGUGACCACCAACUUGGAUGGCUUUAAAAGAGAAUUCAACAAAUUCAUAGAGGAUAAAGGCUAUCAUUGGCUGCUACCCAUGAUGGCUAUGCUCUGUCUCCACCGUUGAAAGCAAUGUGCUUCUGAAUACUAGUAAACUGGAAACUGCAGGAGAGGGCUCAGGUGCUCAGGUCCUGCUUGUGGGUUUGCCAUGGCAUCUGAGUGGCCACUGGAAGGACAGGAUGCUAGGCCGUUGACCUGGUCCAGCAGGCUCUUUUUAUGUUCUUAGGUUCACUCCUGCAAUCUUCGGUACAACUCGCUAUGCAGUGGUACCUCUGGAUGCGAACGGGAUCUGUUCCUGAGCCCCGUUCACAUCCUGAAGCGAACACAACCCGCAUCUGCGCGUGUAGUGAUUCGCCACUUCUGCGCAUGCACAUGACGUCAUUUUGAGUGUCUGCACAUGUGCGAGCGGCGAAACCUGGAAGUAACACAUUCCGUUACUGCCGGGUCGCCGCGGAGCACAACCCGAAAGCGCUCAGCCAGUGUGGUGUAGUGGUUGAGAGCGGUAGUCUUGUAAUCUAGGGUAACCGGGUUCGCGUCUCCGCUCCUCCACAUGCAGCUGCUGGGUGACCUUGGGCUAGUCACACUUCUCUGAAGUCUCUCAGCCCCACUCACCUCACAGAGUGUUUGUUGUGGGGGAGGAAGGGAAAGGAGAAUGUUAGCCGCCUUGAGACUCCUUAAAGGGAGUGAAAGGCGGGAUAUCAAAUCCAAACUCUUCUUCUUCUUCUUCUUCUUCUUCAACCUGAAGCAUAUUUAACCCGAGGUAUGACUGUAUAAAAUUGGAACCAAUGUUUCGAGUUAAGAUAUUGUACUGACUGAAAAUACAGCACAACAUUAUGCUAGAGUAAUUUUCCUUCCCCUCCCUCCUUCCCUCCCUCUCUCUCUCUCUGUAGGUGGGAAGGUGGUAGAGUAAGGUUACCAGAUUUUUUUCAAUGAUUCUGCGGACACUUUUCAACUUCAAUGGAUUUUGUAUGGGGACUGAUUUGUAAAUCUGGGGACUGCCCCGGGAAACGGGGACAUCUGGUAACCUUAUGGUAGAGGAGAGAGAGAGAGAGAGAGAGAGAGAGAGAGAGAGAGGCCACUCCAAUUAGGAACAAAUGAAAUGGAUAUUUCCCCCGUUGAGGUCUUAUGGGAUACAACACUGCCCCUUCCAUGUUUAGAUUUUAAAAUACUACUGGAAAGGUCUAGACAUGCAUCUGUAGUUGAGAGCCACAUUUUCUUUGGAGUUUGUGUCCCUCCUUUCAGACCAGCACCCAAUUCUAAAUGAUCAGAAUUUGCGGCUGUAUCUCCUGUCUCCAAUCUUGUCAUUUACAGUCAUACCUUGAGUUAUGUUUGCUUCAUGUUGAGUUUUUUCAGGUUACAAACACGGCAAACCCGAAAGUGUUUACUUCCAGGUUCACCACUUCACGCAUGCACAGGAGCGCUCUAUCGUGUCAUGUGCAUGCGCAGAAGUGGUGCUCUACUUAUGGACUUUUCAGGGUGAGAACAGCACCCCGGAACAGAUCUCAUCCAUAAGUAGAGAUACCACUGUAGUUCCACUAAUUUACCAUUCUGUGUGUCUGCACAUAGGACACCUGAUUUAUUAAUAUUUUUUAUUUCUACUGGGGGAUUUCCAGCUGCAGAUAAGGAUUCUGAGAACCAGAGAUUGACCUUGGACCAUUUAAAAAUGUUGACAGGAGAGGCCAUUGUGACUGUUUUAUGUAAGAUAAGCUGUUCGCUGGGACAGCUUCACAAGAAGAUGGAUGACAUGACUUUUAAAGUUGAUAAUUUGGAACAGAAAGUGACUAAUUUGAGUCAAAAAGCGAACACCAACACAGAAAUAAUUCAGGACUUGGUAAAGGAAUCCAUUUUGGCAGGACAAAUGGUGGAGGAGAAGGAGGAGAAGGAGAAAGCUGCUGUUGUUGAACAUAAAGUAAUACAAGCGGGAGCCAUGGCUUUACAGAAGCAAAUUGAGGACUAUAAGUUGAGGCCUUUUAUGAUUGAAUCUAGGAAAAGUCAGACUUUGAGGAAUGGAUCCCAGCUUGGAUUAAAGAAGGAAAGUUGGAAAGAUCCCUCUAUGCAGGGAUUAACUGACUUUUGGGACAUGGACUCGGGCCUGGAGGAGAUUGAAGUUUUGGGGGCCUUUGGAUUUGGAGGAAUCUUGAAAUAUGUCCUGAAAUACUUUAUGGACUGUAGCUUCAACUAUGGAAAUUUGGCUGAUCUGUUCAGAAGGAAGAAAAGGGUUGACAGGUUGGAGUUUCCCCGAGAUUUGCUCUUUAGCAUUAAAGAAAAUGAAGAAGACUGCAGAAGGGACUUGGAAAAGAGUUAAGAGCCUCGGACAUAAGAUCACCAGGUUGAUGGACUUUAUGGAGUUGACGGACAGGACUGGCAGAAUCCGAAACCAGGGAGAGGAGAUGAUGGAAGAAGAUUGGAAAAUUUAAAGUUUAUAUAUAGACAUAUGGUAAAACUAAUGAGUGAUAGAAAAAUGGUGGAAUGAUUUUUUAUGGGCUUAGCAGAAAUGUUAUAAGGAGUUAAGCAUAUAUAAGUAUUUUAGUUUUAGUGGAAAAUAAGGUUAAAAAAUACGUUAUUUACAAUAUAAUAGAAAAUGGAGAAAGAUGGAAAGGAUUUGCUGAAACAAUUAAUAGAAGUGGAAUACAAAAAGGGAGGUGAGAGGAGGUCAAGGAAACAAGGGAAUGAAAGACAGAGUACGGAAAAGGGAUGAUGUAUGUUUUUAAAUUGUUUUUGUUUUGUUUUAUUUAGGGUUAAGGUUAGGGAGUGGGGUUUGUUUAGUUUAGUUUAAUGUGUUUAGUUUUGAGUUUAGGUUGUGUUUUGUGUUGUCUAUAUACUGUACUGUAUUGUUUUUUUGUUUGUUUUUUCUCCUUUUUGCUUUCCUCCUUUGUCUUUUUUUUCUGUUUUUCUCUUCCCUUUUUGUAAUCUAUAAAAGUAAUAAAUAUUAUUUUUUUAAAAAAAUAUUUUUUAUUUCUUAAAUUUCUAUACCGCUUUAUAUUUUUAAUAAAAAUCUCAAAGCAGUUUACAGCAUAUUAAAACAAUAAAACAAUAGCCGGGCAAUGUUGCUCUGGCCUCAUGAGGAGCCUCUUUAGAAGGGCUGAUGAGUCUGGAUCCCGCCCCCUAGGCCAGGUGGGGCCAUUUUUAGGUGCUAUUUUCAUCCUGUCUUCUGUCAUGGAAGCCAAGGCAUUGUGCAUGGAGUUACAAAGCAGUCAUCCAUCCACAUAAUCACCGAACCCAGAUCUGCUUAGCUUUAGCAAGGUGGUAGUCUCAUGUGCUUUCAGCCCAUACUCUGGGGAGUGGUUAUAAACUGCAUUCUAUUUCUAUUAACAUUAUUUUACAAUUUAGACAUUUUGUUUCAAAUAAUUGUGAACACCAUUAAUUCAAUGCCCCUUUCCUUUAGAUCUUCUUCGAUAUAGCAUUCCAAUUCAAUGUAUCUUCGCUUCUGGAAAAUACUGUGAUUCAGUUUUCUGUCACCAGGUUAGUUCUGACCGUUAUUUGUAAUGUAUUGUUAAUCUCCCCACCAAUGCCCCAUUUUGCUUCCUAGGCUACUAAGUGAGAUACCAUUUCCAUAUGAACGUUUAUGAAAGCACCAUUUAUAAACUGACAGUAGCUGUUUAUUACAUGGAUGGUAACAAAUCAAGUAGGUUAAAGAAAUAGAUUCCGGCUAAAUAUUAGGAAGAACUUUCUGACGGAAAGAGCUGUUCAGUGAUUGAAUGGACUACCUCAGAAGGUGAUGGACUCCUCUUCAGAGGUUGGGUGGCCUUCUGAAAGGACUCUUUAGUUGUGAUUCCUGCACUGCAGUGAAUUGGACCAAAUGAUCCCUGAUAUUCCUUCCAACUCUACAAUUCUAUGUGUCUGUAUUCUUGAGGUACAAGUGCAUCUGGUUUCAUAGCUGCCCCUUGGCAAAGUGUUCAGAAAACUGAUUUAUACUUUAAUAUAAUUCAAUGUCUCAGUCAAGUUGAGCCCUGUGGUUCAAACAACUGCUCAGCUGUAAUCAUUUUAUUUCCUGAUGUAAUAUUGGUUGUUGCCAGAAAUUCCAGAGAAGAAAAUUAUUGGGUAGUAGGACAAUUCUAUGUCUUCAGCAGUUUCUUACCUGAAUGUGGAGCUUAGUCCAAUAUAACUUAUUUUUGGACACAUAUCUCAUUUUAUGCUGAAAACUGUUGUAGCUUAAAGCAAUGGACAAAUAGAUGUGUUAACCCACAACAGCAAGCAUUUCAGUCUAGCAAAACCUGACCCACCUGUAGUGCAUGAAUUUCAUAUUUGAUCUUAACAAUUUUUUGUUUCAGUGACAGUGAAGAACACGAAGAGACUCUUGCGGAUAAUAGAGGAAGCAUUGCAAUACCAGUCAAAUAUGAAAGUGGAUUAAUAUUUAAAAGGUACCUCUGUAUAUUUUGCCAGGGCAAAAUUGUCCUACAGCACAAUUCUAUACAUAUUUACUCAGAGGUAUCAUCAAAUGGGGCUUGCUCCCAUGUGGGUAUAGGAUUGCAGUCUGGUUGUAUAAUUUUUAUGCAAUUCUACUUAGAUAUAACUCCCACAAGACUUACUAGAAAUGUAAGAAGCAUUGUUUUCUGUCCCGCCCUGUAUUGGUCACAUGCAGCACUGUUUCCAUUCUGCUGCAGUUCAUCUGACAAAAACUACAUUAUUCUACUUGGUGUCUGUUUCGGUGUAUGUAAGUUACAUCAUUUAUGUAAUUAAUUACAUACGUUGCUGCGUCAUUACAUGAUUCCACCACAUAAGCUUCAGUGCAAAGGAAACACAAUGCAAAUACUGUACACAUCAAACUGAAAGCAAAUUUCUGCUCCCAUUUCUGUUUUCAGCCGAAUUCUCAGACAACCUUACUUCCUAAUAACCAUGUUUAGGAUUUCAGCCUUAGAGAUAGCUUCACCUGAAGCAAGGCACAUAUUCUAUCCCACAUAAGAUGUAAGAAAAGCCCUGCUGGAUCAAACCAAAGGCCUGUCUAGUCCAGAAAUCUGUUCCCACGGUAGCCAACCAGAUGCUAUGGGAAGCCCUCUCCAUAUUUUCAUUAUUUAUUACCUGUCUUUCACCCUAGCGUCCCAGGGCAGGUUACAACAUUAAAACAAAAUAUUAAAAACAGUUUAGAACAAUUUACAGUUGCAGAAAUAAGAUGAGGCCUAAAAAUAUACAUCUCAAGUGUCAAGGCCAGGAUUAAGAGGUGCAUCUAUUCUCCAUGUUCACUAGAAGCUGUAUUUGACAUCUAUGGCUGAUAGUGAAAGAGCAUGAUUUUUGUUUAAUUACUUCAUGGUUUUCUCAGCAUCAGCACCAGCCCCUAUCUAAAAACAUGGGUAUAUUGAACAGUGAUCUACCUUUUGAUUAUUUUAUGUUACUGUAUUGAUGUAUGUGGGAUAUUUUGAAAACUCUAAAUAGUAAGAUACAUUUUUGUUUUGUUAUGUUUCUUUUUCAGAGAACCCAGUUCAUUUCACAUUAUUAUUGCUGCAAAUGAUACUUUCCCUAAAUAUAUUAAUUCCACUGAGAAUAUCGGAGAUGAAAUUAACAUAAACUACAUGGUAAGAAAAAGCCUGCAAACAUUUACUGGCUGCUGUUCUUUUCUGUGUGUGUGUGUGUGUGUGUGUGUGUGUGUAAAAGUGAAAUUUUACCUAUGUAAAUCUACCCUAGCCUCUGACGGUUGAAAAACAGGUUGUGGUGAUCAACUUUAUAAUUGUAAAAAUGUGGGUUUUGUUUCAUACACUGUUUUUAUUUGGUUUUCAACUGUAUCACUUGUGUUUUGUAACCCACUCUUAGGCACCUUAGACUGAAGGGCCAUUUUCGAUUUCAGUCAGAGUGCUGGCAUGGGGGAAAAGAGAUUCAGUGGGAGACUGAUAGAGUGACAGCAAAGUCAAAAUCCCCACUUGUGAAUAUAUUCAAAAUUUAAUUGCAAACAGAGCCAAAAGUAAGAUAAUUAGUCCCCACUUACAUUUUAAAUGGAUACAUCCAUACAUUCCUGGUUACAUAUUUGUACCUCUGUGUAUUAAUCCAGGAAUAGUAUAGUCAGCCAGAAAAAAGAGCUGAGAUACUUCUUGGCACAUCUUUCUUAGCCAUUUAUUUAUCAAAAAGUAUGACAGCUGUUCUUCUUUAUAAUUUACCCUUUUAUGCCAUUUAAUUUACCAUUUAUGAAAUUAUAUAAUUUAUACAGAGUAUACUAUGAUCUGAUGUUGUAAGGCUUUGGGAUUGCAAGAACUAAUAAUAUCCUAUGGGCAGGUGUCAAACCAUAGCUAGUAUUCUGCACAUUCAAUAGGCAUUGCCCCCCAGUUUAUAGUUCAAAGAGGUCUGGAGUAGGAUGGUGCUGGAUAUUGAUGAGGUCCUUAGCACUGAAUGAAUGGACUAAUCAAAGUGAAACUUCCAUUCUUUUGUCCAUAGAUUGAAAAAGGUGACCAUUUUCCAAUGCCGCCGCUUACACUGCAAAUCUUAUAUCCUAACCUGACUUCAGUCGAAAACUAUAUCCUCUACCUGACCGCAAUAUCUUUCUCAGAGGUAAGUUAGUUAUAUGCAAACAGCAUUGCCCAGUAACUGGAAGUUAAGCUUCUUAUCUGAAUUGUAUGGAUUUAAUAUUGUGAAUGACAAGAAGUUCCAUGUCUCUUUCCUUUCACUUUUCUAAAUGGAAAAUGGAAAACCGUCAUCUUUAAUAUUUAUUGCAAAACGCUUAGAAGUUUUUGCUACAGUCAAGUGGCAUAUAAAUUUUGGUAAAUGAAAUUAAAACUUCUAGAAAGUUUAAGGGAUAAGAAUAGAACAGUCUGCUCUGUUCAGGUUAGAAACCAGAAAAUCCAUGAUGUCGUAUCCAGCUUUGGACCAAAUACUGUAUUGUGGUCUGGGCAAUGUAGAACUAUUUGUGCUCUGCUUUAGUUAUAAAAAAAUGCGGAAUAGUGAUUAAAAAUAAUCUGCCCUGUUCACUGUACCCUUUUCUGUUUAUUAUGGUAUAUUUUUCUUAGCACUGGGUUAUUCUGUUAUUUCUGUUUAAAAUUAUUUUGCUUUUUAAAUUACUAUUUUCUCAUCCUUUAUACAGCUUAUAACAACUGCAGAGACAUAAGCCAACUUAUUUGUGAAAUUAACUUAAACAUGAUUAAAACUGUCUUGGACUGCCAAUAAUAUUUGUUUCCUGGUUGCUUUCUCCGCUAACAGAAUGUAAACUGCAAUUCCAGCCACUCCACAAAUCCUUUGAGAAUUGGUGGUGACCCUCCCUUCGAGACAUCAGGAAUAAGACACCCUCUAAAGGAUCCAAAAAUAGUACGUUUUUCUGAAUGUCUGUCUGCUUGGGGAGGCGGAAUAUUAUCACAGACAUGACUAGUUUCAGUUUGGGUUAUGUUAGGAAACAUUUCCCUGUCAUUGUUACCUGUAAUCAUAAUUGUAUUUUUCUUAGCCUUUGCUGGGAAUAUUAUGCACAGGAACAAGAAAUGCAUGAUAAGGAGAAGCAGGUUAGUGGGAGGGGCAGGAGGGGGGCAGGUGAGAUGAUAGGGAGGUAUGUACAGUGCAAAUGUACAUAGAGCCAAUCCAGCUCUCCUGCUGGUGCAUUUGCACCAUGCUGACCUCACCGUUGCCUUGCUGCUUCCAAUAACUCAUACCUACAGGACCACCUCUCCCGGUAUGCCCCACGAAGGACCUUAACGUCCAUGAAUAGCAACACCCUAGUGGUCCUGGGCCCUAAGGAAGUCAGAUUAGCCUCACCCAGGGACAGGGCCUUUUCAACACUGGCUCUGGCCUGGUGGAACGCUCUGUCUCAUAAGACCUGCGGGAUCUGAUUUCUUUCCGCAGGACCUGUAAGACAGAGUUGUUCCACCUAGCCUUUGACAUGGAAUCAGCCUGAUCCCCUCCCCCUCUUUCCUUUUCCUUCUGUGAUGAAACCCCUAUUUGGGGACUUCCCUGGCUUUUCUCUGGCCCACGUAGGACCAGUCUGGAUAGUUGGCCUUGGUGAAGAUUUGACGUUUUCUCCCCCAAAACAGUUUUUGAUCUGGGCUUCCACUGAAAUGGGGCUGCAUUUUAAGUUGUAUAUUAAUCCUGUUUUUAAGUUGUAUUUUAAUCAAUUGUUUUUAUACUUGAUGUUAGCCACCCUGAGCCCAGUCUUGGCCGGGGAGGGCGAGGUAUAAAUAAAUAAAUAGGCAAAAGCAACUCACCUGCCUGAAAACAAGCACUGUGGCUCUGCUCCACCCAGUAAGCCACUUCUGAUAACCAGCACAUGCAAUUACAAUAGCCCCACUGACAGACGUUUUCACCUUAUUUAGAUAUGGUGAGCAUAUACUCUUAGGAGUAUAAUUUUGAGUUUUGAGGGCCUUUAUAGCUUUUUGGCUCUGAGUUUCCUCCAUCUUUCCAUUGCAGUGAACAGAAAUACGCACUGAUUAUUUUUUCCAUUAUUUUAUGAGUCAGAAAUAUGCGUACUGGUUUAAGUUGCUCUCUGUCUCAGAGUCUGUGGGACCCUUUUUCACCACAUACCCUAUAUGACUGCCACUCUAUGCAUUUCAAUAGAAAUAAUAUAUAAUAAUAGAUGUUGAGUGACAUUUAUUUCAGUGGGGUGACAGUCAGAAAAUGGCUGUCAGGAUAUCUGAAGUCAGGCUAUUUGAGGCAGUCAUGUUUGGCAGAGGUUUAAUUAAUAAUGUCUGUCUAUGAUCCUUCAAACAGAACUGUGAUUUUUAUCGCUGUGAAUCUAUUAACUGUACGGUGGCUCCAUCGAAUAUAACUCAUGUGAACAUUUCAUUCCGAAUCUGGAAACGUACCUUUAAAAAGGUAAGUGAAGCGCCAACUUUGUUACAGUCGUGAGUCCAAAACGGUGUUAUGCCACUGACACAGUUCUAUAUGUAGGUAUAAUUGCCCAAUGUAUCUAUUAGGGUUGCGCACUGGAUUUGGCCAAGGCCUGAGUCCACAGCCGAAACAGCUCUACCUAAUUUGGGUGUCAGCUGCAGUGCCGGAUUUAUGUAUAAGCUAAACAAGCUAUAGCUUAGGGCCCCACUUUCUUGGAGGCCCCCCCAAAAUUGUGGUUUUUAUGUUGAUCUUUUCUGUGAACUGCCCUGAGGCCUCUGGGUAUAGGGCAGUUUAUAAAAUCAAUAAAUAAUAAUAAUAAUAGAUACUGUUUUGUUGUUGUUUAGUCGUUUAGUCGUGUCCGACUCUUCGUGACCCCAUGGACCAGAGCACGCCAGGCACUCCUGUCUUCCACUGCCUCCUGCAGUUUAGUCAAACUCAUGCUGGUAGCUUCGAGAACACUGUCCAACUAUCUCGUCCUCUGUCAUCCCCUUCUCCUUGUGCCCUCAAUCUUUCCCAACAUCAGGGUCUUUUCCAGGGAGUCUUCUCUUCUCAUGAGGUGGCCAAAGUAUUGGAGCCUCAGCUUCAGGAUCUGUCCUUCCAGUGAGCACUCAGGGCUGAUUUCCUUAAGAAUGGAUAGGUUUGAUCUUCUUGCAGUCCAUGGGACUCUCAAGAGUCUCCUCCAGCACCAUAAUUCAAAAGCAUCAAUUCUUCGGCGAUCAGCCUUCUUUAUGGUCCAGCUCUAACUUCCAUACAUCACUACUGGGAAAACCAUAGCUUUGACUAUACAGACCUUUGUUAGCAAGGUGUUGUCUCUACUUUUUAAGAUGCUGUCUAGGUUUGUCAUUGCUUUUCUCCCAAGAAGCAGACGUCUUUUAAUUUCGUGGCUGCUGUCACCAUCUGCAGUGAUCAUGGAGCCCAAGAAAGUAAAAUCUCUCACUGCCACACCCCAUUAUACAUCACUCAUGCUGCAGUUAGCUUUAUGGGAGAAAGGUAUCAUUGGAGCAUACCGGGAUGUUCAUUGGGAUCACAGCUGUGUGAGAAAGGGUUAACCAUCAGUACAGUCCCAGUGAAAAUUUCCCACCCUCUAUCCUCGUGCCUAUGAUUGAAUAAAAUAAAUACACUGGUGUAGUUCUGGUGGCAGUGGAGGGGAACAGCUGGGGGCAAGUGUUACAAAAAGGCACAUAACUGAAGGAACCACUAACUUGCUCCUUUAUUUCCCACAUUUUACCAGUAAGGAAGAGGAGCUGUUCAACAAGACAAGAAGCAAAGUGCCAAGGCAAUCUCAGCGAGACAGAUGACAGUGGCAAUGAAUGUCAUAAAUCAAGGGUGGCCUACUUUUAUCAGACAAAGUUCUGUGCCAGAGUGCCAGAGACCAGACAGUGGGUGGGAUAAGAACUGUAGUUCUCAGACCACCUCUCAAGCAGGUUUUCCACCUGCUGUUCUACACAGUUUUAAACAAUUUCCUCUUAGAAGCAGAAAUCAUACUCUGUUCUGAUUCAUCUCUGGAAACCGAUGCUUCCUCAAACUGCUUUUCUUCUGCUUUAUUCUAGGCAAAUCUUCAUAGUGCAGAGGUCAACGUAAGAGCAUUACUUAGGAGUGGAAACUCAUUACUAAUAUUGAAAAAAGAAAAUGAAAGAAUAGAGGUAAGUCCCAUCAGACUCUUGCAAACAUUGGAAGCUCAAUCCACAAACCAGUUAAGGAAGGGAAAAAGGCUGCCAUCCUAACCUUAUGAAUUAUGCCAUAAGGCUCACUGAAUUUACUUCUAAGUAAACAUGCAGACUGGCUGCUCAUUUCUUCAGAAAUAUUUGUCCAGAUUCACAACUACAAUCAAAUGGAAAGGUAGUAAAAACAUUCUGUUCAUUGAUUUUCACAUGAUGUGGAAAAUUAGCCACCUAAUUUCUUCUCUGCCACUGCACUCUUAAUUAAAUUAGUGCAUAAUGAGGGUGCUUAUUUUUAACAUUCACAGCUUUGCAGCACAAUUCUCUGCAUAUUUAUCCAAAAGUAAGUCCAAUGGGGUUUUCUCCCAAAUAAACACUUACUUCUGAGUAAACAUGCCUGUGGUUGCGUCACACAACAGCUGCUCAGAUCUCUUGGGAUGCAGUUCUUUACAAAGUUUAUCGGAAGGAAGUCUCAUUAAAUGUAUUUGGAUUCACUUCUGAGUUAGCAUGUAUAGGAUUGUGCUCCUAGUAUGCCUUGGUUGCGAAUUCAGCCUGAAGUGAUUGGUAAUUACAUUUCAUUGACUUCAGUAGUACUUGUGUACACAAAACCUUGAGAUCAAUUGCAGCUGUUUUUAUUUCAAAACACUUUUUGGGACAGCACUAAUUUGCACAGGUAACUAGUAGAAGCAAAACUCUCACACAGCUUUCCCCUGGAUAUUAUCCCACGUAAUAGGCCUCUUUUUCCCCUUCACUUGCUUUUGUGUAUUUGCAUGAAAACUUCAAAAUUAAAUACAACUAAAAGUUUGUGUGUGUUAAGACACAAUUAAAUACAGAUUAGAUUAGACCUAGACCCUUGUUCUGUCAUUACUGAAAUACUGAUUUAUUUGUGUGUAUAUUUUCAAUUUUCAGACCAUUAUUAAAAUUUCCAAAGAGCUUCUUCCUGGUCAUGUGCCACUAUGGGUUAUUCUGCUGAGCGUUUUUGCUGGACUUUUGAUUCUUACACUGCUUAUAUUUGCAUUAUGGAAGGUAUGGUAUAUGCAGUGUUUGUUCCAUAUUUGAGUUUAGUGUUUCAGAAUUAUUCUCCCCUCAGUGAAAUUCAGAACAAGGUGAUCAGUAUUAAAGCAAAAUCUAAUUGCUCCCUACAUAUUAUCUUACUGAUAAAGGCUGCCUUGUGCCCCUAUUGUUGCAGCAGCAAUAUCAUAUGAAGGAAUAAUGAUCUCAGUUCCCCAAAUGUCGGUUCUUAUACAGCCAAAAUGGCACCAUCCAUGCAUAAGGAGGGAGGUGUUAGCGGACUUCAACAAACCUGAAGUUUUGCAGAAGUUAAAAAACAUAUUUUAAGGGAGGGGGGAGCCUAAAGGGUGAGGAGGGCUCCUGAAACAGAAUGCUGACAACAGCUACAGCUACAGAAUGCUGACUAAAUGUUACUCAUACUCAUCCACUGAUUUCUAGCAUUGAAUAUCACCCAUAGUACAUAGUAUCUGAUUACUUCCAUUGCAGUAAGCAUCUGGGUGGCAUUAAGCAUUUGACCACAAGUGGGAGCCCUUGUCAAAGCCAAAGAAAGAAAGAAAGGGAAAUAACACAAAGCAGAUUUGAUAUGUAUACAGUGGUACCUCGGUUUAAGAACAGUCCUGUUUACGAACGAUUCAGUUUACGAAGUCCGCAAAACCAGAAGUAGUGUCCCGGAUUGCGAACUUUACAUCGGUCUAAGAAUGGGAUCUGAAAGUUGGAAGGGCACCGGUGAUGGGAGGCCUCAUUAGGGAAAAUGUGUCUCGGUUUAAGAAUGGUUUCGGUUUAAGAACGGACUUCCAGAACGGAUUAAGUUCGUAAACUGAGGUACCACUGUACACAAUUUGAAUCUAGGAUCAUCUUAGGAGUUGCACAAUGAUCGUCUUAAUUCAAGUGUUUCUGUUCUUUGCGUGACUGAGUGUCCUAAUUCUGAUGUUUUAUAACAACUAAUCGGUUAUUCCAAACUGAUUUUUUAUGGCAAAACCUCUCUUGACUGAGAAGUGUAUGUUAGGUAGAUUGGCCUUAAAUACAAACGGAAAUGAAUUUCUUCCCCCAUCCCUGUACAUCCCUGCAAGUUUUCAAAGCUGGAUUAAAAUGUUGUUACCACUUUCCUUUCAGGCAGGGUUUUUCAACAGGCCUUUAAGGAAGAAAAUGGAGAAAUGAGAAGGGGAAACCCUCCAGAAGAAAACUAGGAAUUCUACAAGGACUUGUCCUCAGGUCUUCCUCAGAAAUGUGACUGUAAAACACUGACUUGGAGCAAUCUCGGUGGUCACAAAAGUUUUCUUGAACACUAACAGAAAGUGCCUAACACUAAACACACACACACACACACACAAACACACACAAACACAUGAAGCCAACAAAUCAAUGAUAGAAAAGGGCACACAGCACAUGUUGUGUGUCUAAGGAGACUUUGGGCUUCUGCAUCUCAAGCAACCCAUUUCCAUGGGGCAUGCAGACUCCUUUUAAAACCCAGGAGAGCUUUAAAAGCAAUCUGGGAUAUGGCCAGAAUGGAGAGUGGUCUACAGAGGAAAGGAAACAACAGUGGAGUUGUGGGUUGGGACCAACUGGCUGAAGGUAGCUUAGCUUAGCUCUGCAGCUCUGUAGAUCCCAGUCAUUCCCCCCCCCCCCAAAAAAAAUUGGUGUUUGCUUUCAGAGCAGCACUCCUCUAAGGCUGUCACAUUUAUAAGGCAGUGUGUCCUAUUGAACUAAAUGGGAUGCACUUCCUAAUAAGACAGGUUUCCUACCCAUCUGGCACUCUCCUGAUAUUUUGGAAUACAGCCACGUUAGCCCCAGACAGCACAGCCAUCCGUCCCCAGGCUGAGAGAGAGUAUUGGAUUUGGGAUCAGUCUCUGAUACGUACAGCAAACGUUUUGUAAAGUUGCUGUUUUGUUGUUCCAAAAGAGGGGCGAAGGUGCAGAAUCAUUUCCCAUAAGUAAAAGAAUUCAAAGCUUGGUACUUCACUGUAAGCCUGAAUUUCAAAUCCUGAACAUAGCUGUUGGUUUGAGUGGCAAACAUUUGCUUCAAAGAACAGCACUCAGAAUGCAUCGUUUUGAAAAGGAAAGUUUUCCCUGCUCUAUUUAUGAUGAGACACGCAGAUGAGUUUUGAUCACUUUAUUGUAUGACCAUCAAAUAUAUAUAUAUACAAGUGCACUGCUGGUGCUGUCCAUUCCUGACACCGCCCAAAUUUUUCAUUCAUUCACUAUUGUACACAAGGAGGUUUGUGUGCCUAGACAAACUUAGUUUCUGUGGUUUCACUAAGAUUUUUGAAAGGCUAGUCAAAUCUGCACACACCUUUUUUGAACAUUUAAGAGAUGGGGAAAUAUAUAUGGGUGGUUGUGAGCUCUAUGGUGCUGGUGGGCAUUUAACCGUGGUUGUAAUAUAUUUCCUCCAUUAAGCUGGCAAUUAUAUUGGGGGUGGGUAGGAUUGUAGACAAUGCUGUUGCUUAAAAAUAAAAAAAAGCAGUGCCGGUCAGUAAAGAGCCUCUCAUACAUGUGGCUUGUAAUGGAAUAUUUGCUUAAAUAUUUGUUUCCAAUUUAACUGGCACAUUGGAAUUUUGGAAAUGUGAGCAAGUAUUUCGUGGAAUGACCAAAUAUAAUUAUGUCUGUUGGAGGGAGUGGGGUCCAAACCCAAAACUUAUAUAUGUUGCCCUAUUGCUAUAAGGUUACAAAUCAGCUGUAUUAACAUAUAACAUGAAGAUUGCAAGUGGCCAUAAUUGUGACGUGUGAGGAAUUCACAGCAUGAAUAAUCACACAUAUUUGUUUGGUACGGCAUACAUUUCACACUGGAGAUUCUGUUGCUUGCCAUUUAAGACAUUGUCAGAAAAACUCGCCAAGAAUCCUGUUAUUUGCACAUAAAUUAAAAGGAAUGGAAACUCAGAUUUGGGAUUAUACACUGAUUCCUACAGGGAAAUGCAUCACAGUAUCAAGCAAUUAAAAAGAAGCAACAGUCUAGCGCUACAAUGAAGCAAGGUGAUCUCCCUUGGUUUUCAUUUUUUGCUAUUUAUGUGUCAAGGAAUUAUUUAAACAGUACCUAUGUUAAGUGUCUGUCUGAAACACUAUUAUGUACACUGUAUCUAUAGAAAUACACUGAAAUAGAUAGAAUGUUUAAAAUCCUAAUAGAGCACAAAACACAGUGGCCCAAAUCCCACUAAAUUUAGCUACAGGUGACUGAAAGCACAAGAAGGUUAUUUAGAUACAACUAACUUGUUCCAAUUAGCCGUUUUAAAAAAAGGGAAAUCCAUUCAUUUUAAUGGAACUCAAUUUAAAAGUAAACUUGCUUAGGAUCAUGGCCUGAAGAUUGCACUCAAUGGCCCAUUUAGUCUAAUUUAAGACAGUGAAGCUCUACUGGAGAAAGUUGCCUGCAUAUUUUUAUCUAAUACUGUUUAAUGCAAGUCUAAUUGUCUUUCCCCAAAUAUAUCACCUUUCUUCUGCACUAAAAUGUUUUGCUAUACAUUCACAAUUUGAGUAUCUUGGUGUGUAUAUAAAUGUGGAUAUUUUAAAUGUAAGCUUGGUACAUAUUGUUUAACUUCAAAAGUUUUAUGUCUUUUAUGUUACCCUAUCUGAAUUUUUCACUAUUCUUGGUUGGUAGGUUAUUCCUAUCCCCAAGAAUGAACAUGUACAUGAGAGCUAGUUCACACAUGACAGCAAACCACAGGAACCAGCCUUGUCCCAUCGUGUUUUCAAUUAGUUACUUACUGUUUGGCAAUAAAUAAAUAAAAGCUUGCCAUUACAUCUGAUCUGGGAAAUAACAGUUUGCACUAAUCCUUCAACCUAGGAUUGUAGAGCCAACUUCAAACUGGCUUACAAUCCUAGUUCAGAAGGAAAGCACAAACCAUGGUUUACCGAUCUGGGUGCAGCAGCAAGCUAUAGUUUGCACUGAAGUGAGAAUUAACUAAUUGAAAUAGAGAGCACAAGGAGACAGGAAGAAGGGCAAAACAAUGUGCUAGCUCAAGGUUUAUUCCAGUAGUAUCAAACCGUUCGUUUUAAAUAUAUUUGAGUAUACACAGAGUUAAAUAAAUUUUCAUUUAUUGUUUUAAGUGAUUAUAUCAAAUUGAUGUAAUGAGUAUGAUUCAUGCUUUAUAGUAUCCAUAGCAUUCAUAAGUCUGAAGCAAACCAUGAGUUCAUUCCUGAAUGCAUACUGUUUGUUUGUGUAUGCUUGUUCCUAAUACAAUUUCACAAUCCUGUCUGAAGAUGAACAGAGCCCUUUGUUUAGUGACUAUAACUUAGCAGAAACCACAGACAGACCCACAACUUGAGACUUCUGAAUAAUUAUGACUCUGUGGGUUGCCAGUUCUUGAGCAAUUCCUCAAGAUCAGUCAGCUGUGCACCCGGAAAGAUGAGGUAGUGAAUCUUGCCCUCAUUCUAUUUCACCCUCCUUAUGUGUAAUUUCUAGUAUCGUAAUGAACUGGAUCCAACCUCACAACACUAUCAUUCAGUUUCUGUUCCGAAGCAAGUUCCACUGAAUUCAAUUGGGAUUACAUUUCUAGGAAUGAAGUAUAUAGCAUUGCAAUCCAAAUCAGCUGUACCUGUGACCCAAUGAAAUCAGUGGGAUGAAGUCGUGACUUAAUUUUACUGUUUGGAUUGCUUCACGUGAAUUAUUUCAUGCGACAACCCUGUCAGGUGUAGGUAUUGUUGAUGGGGCAGAGAAAGUAAUCACCAGGUGGCCUUAGGCAAGCCAGAGGUGAGAGAUCUGAACCACAGGAAAGGAUAUUGCUGUUGCACCCAAGCAUAGGCAUCUGGUUGGCCACUGUGAGAACAGGACGUUGGACUAGAUGGGCCUUGGCCCUGAUCCAGCAGGGCUCUUAUGUUCUUAUCUUCAACUCUGCUUCUUCACCAUAAUGCUAGAAGGGACAUGGCUCAGUGAUUGAGAACCUGGCUUGCAUGCAAAAUAUCCUGGGUUCAGUCCCUGGCAUCCACACACCCCUGUCUGAAACCCUGGAGAGCUGCUUCCAGUCAGCGCUGAUGAUACUGUGGAGGUUGGAUCUGUUUAAAGUGACAUGAUGAUGCUUUAAAUGUUGAGUGCAGAUAGGGCCUCAUGCUAGAGUGGAAGAAGAGGAACAGGUACGAAUGAGCAUUAUGGCAUUGGUGUUGUGCAACUUAUCUGAGAAAGCUUAUACCCAGAGCAAACUUAGUUGGUCUCUAAGGUGCUACUGGACAAUGUUUUAAUUUUUAUUUAUUUAUUUGAGAUACACAUUUUUAAAGCUAGAGAACAGUAGAAAAGAAGAGCUUGCUUCUGCACAGGUUUUUUGUUUUUAUUUUUGGUCUUUCUACAUUCUUCUUGGAAUUGCUCUAUUAAAAAGAAGGAAAGCACACUCCAGGUAUUUGUGUGUCAUUAUGUAUAUGUAUAUGUAUAUGUAUAUGUAUAUGUAUAUGUAUAAAUCCCCUCUUUCAUGGAAAAUGUGUUUUUCCAGGAACAAAACGUUGGUGUUGGAGAUUUUCCCACAACAGAAGCAGCUUUCUUGAUAUUUGAAAGUGUAGAAAUUUGAAAGUGCAACACUAAAAACCUUUUGAUCACAGGUGCAGAAUAUGAAAAGGUUGGCAUAAUUAAAAGGACAAAUGAUUGUUGUUGCAUGUAAGCGUCCAAAUUCAAGAUUAUCUUUUGCAUGAAUUUCUAAGAGUUUCCUUACUAGCACAGAUCUAAAUGACUCACUGACUUCUCCCACACUGCUUAACAAUGUUCCUCAGAAGAAGUUGCAACAUUCUGUGUUGAUACAGGGUGAGCACGCAUGAAGGGGGUGGCCUUAUCAGAUGAGACGCAUAUCUUGAAUCACUGCAUCUCCAGGAAAACAUCCUGCCCAUUCAUGGUGUGCAUUUCAUCAAGUUCUUGCUGCAUGAACCCGAUUUUUAGAGGGCAGAGCCAUUAUGAAAAAAAGUAAAUAAAAUAAGUGGCUUGUUUCUUAAAAAUAAAUGUCAGAAAUGAAGUCCAUUUGGGGGAAAAAAUAUUCUCUUAGCAAAAAGAUGUAACAAAAGUCCACAAAAGGUGUAAGAAUGUGUAUUUCAAAAAGUGAUAGCCAACAUUAGAUAUACCCAGAGGAGACCUGUUAAAAUCAAUGAAUUUAAGUAACUUUAUUUCAAUGGAUCAUCGUCCAUUGUGAUAACAUGGUAAAACUGUACCUUUUUUGUAUGGAAAUUGUCACUUGAAUAAACACUCUUCUCCUUGUUGU